AAGCAUCAUGGGGGUUGUAGUCUCUGUAACAGAGUGAAGACAACCGCUGAGAGAAGUGGCGUAGACGGCAGGUGACUUUUUAAAAAACUUUACCUAUGUUUUGGUGUUAACUUAAUUGAAAACAAGCUCUUUGUGACAUUUGGAAGUUAGUUUUGGACAGUCAAACGUGUUUAAUGUCGAAUUGUUCCUUGUUUUUGUUUUUAACUGUGGGCUGCAGCACAAAAAGUGUCAAACUUUGCUAAGGAAAAGAUGUCCCAACAACCACAACUCAUUCGUCGAGGAGGUUCAUUUGGCCACCCUCAUUAAUUCCACCAAGUGUCAAAUACGGUAAAUAAUUUAAAAACUUCAAGCCCUCAAAAUUUUCCAAAACUGUAUUGAAGUUAAAGGCUGCUGUGAUGGAAAAUGUAUUUGUGUAAAAUCCGAGGCUAUUUUAAUUUAUUCUGAGGUUCAUUGUGCACUACUGUGAUACUUUAACAUCUAUUUUUAUAAAACUGCUGGGUUAGUUGUAUUGAAUUUUUGAAAUGAACCAUACAUUAGUACACUGAGUAGUCCAAAACCUAGCUCCCCCAAUGAUCCCCCCUGCGAAUACGCCCUAUAAAUAAAUGAAUCAAUCAUAAUAAAGUGGUGAUAUAGCAGAUUAUUACAGUUAAAGUAAACUUAAAGGUCAAUUUUGGCGAAUCAUAGAUUUUUUUUUAACCUUUAUUUAACCAGGUUUGUCCCAUUGAGAUCUGAGGAUCUCAUUUGCAAGGGAGACCUGACCAAGAAUGGCAACAAUACAUGGUUACAACAGACAGUCACACAGACUCAAUUAAAAUGUGAGGAAAUAUCGGUCAAAACAGAGACAUUCUGAGAGUUUGUCCUCCAGCCCUUUAACUGCAGAUUUAAAAACGGUCAAAGACACCAAGUUUUGCAGCUUAAAUUCAGUCUGCAGAUUAUUCCACGCAGAGAGGACAGAGAACCUGAAAACCUUCUUUCCCAUUUCACUUCGGACUCUGGGGACAACAAACUGUAUAAAUCUCAAUGAUCUCAGGUCCGUCCUUUAAGAUGAUCAUGAAUAUAUGUAAAUCUUUUUGAAUGCUAUUUUUACCACAACAUUCUGAGUACUUCUUCCAGCAUUACUAACAAUAUGGUGCGAUCAAAUGUAAAAAAAAUACAAAAACAAAUAAAGUUCUUGCUGUAAACAUAUAUCAAAGGUAUCAGUGUGCUCUACAAGGCAUAAAUGUAUGUAUGUAUAUAGCUAGAUAGGUAGAUAGGAAGAUAGACAGGUAGAGAGAGAAACGUAUUGUCUGUUGUAGUCACUCAUAAUAACUUUUGAUUUCUGUAACUAUUACUAACAUUAACAAAUGCAAUGGCAUGAAAUGCAAUUCUGAACUCAAACAAUAUCUAGACAGAGCAGUGAUGUCAUAUUUUAAUAUCACGCAUAAAACUCUGUUACUGCAUAUUAUCAGGAUGGUCACUUAGCAUAUCGAUUUUUUAUAUUCCCAGACAUUCCAGGACUUGGCGACCAAAUGAAUUCCUCAGAUAUGAGUCCACUGUCUUGGUUUUUCUUCACCCUGCUGACAGCUGCUUGCCAGAGUCCAGAUGAAUGCCAAAGGUAUGAUUUGCCUCUUCUUUAUUGAGAUUGUCUCACACCCCCAUCUCGCCUCAUCCAUCCUCCGGAGAAUCCUAAUGCACUGAUACCAAGGGGGAAUAAUUUUUUUUUUCUUUACAAUCUACUUAGCAAUGAUUUAUUGAUUGCGGCUUCCACCCUCACAGAGAAUUACCGAUCCUUUUUGGGAAAUCAGAUUUUCACACCUUUCAUGAGUGUGUAUGUGGCGCAGGUCUCCUGAGACAGUGUGAGGGGAAACUGACUUUGAGGAGCAGCCGUGUGUGAAUCUCUGCGGUGUCACUCUUCUUCUGCCAGUGGUAUACCCAGUGGACGGGCCUGUGAUUCUCUGCUGCGCUCUCUAUAGUUUUGCAUUAUUUAUUGGUUGAUAAAUACAGUGUCCAAGCUGGAUUUCAAUAUGUUUUCAGUCCCUUUCAAACCCUUUAAAACACACAGGCAUAUCAUAAGCAUGCAGAAGCCCCUCUGAGGUAUAAGCAGUUCUUAGGAAAAAAAAGAAAAAUAAUAAAAACAACCCCUGCCCUCAUAGGAGGAGUCAGAUUAGUGUGCUGAAAGCUUUGAUGCUCCAGAAUGUCAGCUCCGUGGAUCGAUCCAGUAAAAAACACAUACACACCUGACCAAUCAGAGGCGUCUAUGUGUUGUGGACCUGCUGGGCACUGUGGUUUACAAGCUUCAAAGAGCUCCUUUUAAUACACUGCUUUGAUAGCCCUCAGCCUUCACUGACCCGCCGACCAUCCACUGGGGAGCAUUUUAGCUUUAGUGGAGUAGAGAGGGAUAACUGCUGAUCAUAUUAAUGAGUGUGGAAAAAAAAAUCACUUCAAAUGUUGACCACUUGUUUAAGUGUGAGUGCUUGUGUCCUGAAAAUGUACACAGUUGGAAAAAUUAAGUAAGUAAUCUUACAGAUAAGACAAAUGUUUUUCAAAAUUAAAUUAAAAAGUAGACAUUUUUUGUAGCUGUAGUUCCACGCAGAAAGACACUUUGGUCAAAAUGCCAUUUAACUGCACAAAUACUCUGACACCCUUUUAUCAUGAGAGAGGAACAGUUUGGUUAAUAACCCUAAGGGGGAGACAAAUCAUCACCUACUAUACCAUACACUACACACUGGGAUCUUUGAAGUACAGUAGGGUAUCAGAGCAUUACAUUUAUUCAGAAUCGGUGCCAUGCAAGUGUUUGUCAUUGUUGGCUUUUCUGGUACAUUACCAUUAAAAGUAAUGUUUAAAAUUUUAAUUUAAAUUUUAAAUCAUAUUUAAGAGAUUUAAUUUGAUUUGGACUCAUUAUUUAAAUACUUCACUAUAGAAAGACUGAAAAACUCAAUAAAGUAGCAUUGAAAGUAAACUUCAUAAUGCUCUUAUUGAACAUUAAUUUAUGUGAAACUUUCCUGCGCUACUUAAGUCAUUACACUCACAUUUAGAGAAAUGCCGCCAGCAGAAAUCAGGUAAAGACUUCAUGAAUUUGACUUUCCUUCCCCAGUAAAUAGGUCAACUCAAGUUUAUUUGUAUAGCGCAUUAAAAACUGUGUGAGCUGACCACACUACUUCACAGACAGAGGCAAAAAAACAGGGUACAAAAGACUGAGAAGAAUGUGAUAAAAAACUUAAAUAAAUCAAAUACUGCAAAACACAAGUUCAAUGAUAAUGAGCUUCUAAAAUUUGACGGACAUUUCUGUUUUUAAAAUAGAAUCACAAAACUAUCAUUGUUGAAAUAUUAGUUUUUGUGUUUUGAAUACUUUCAUUGUCGAGGAAGUGAGCACAUAAUGUAAGAAGGAAACAUCACUUUAGAGGAUUAAAGAGUAUGUGAAGCCUGAAAAUGCUGGAUGUACUUGAGGAUAGUUUUAAAGCAUUCACUUCUGAGUUGAGAUCAGCAAUGUGCAGAACAUGCACUGGACAAUGAACAUAAGAUGAAUAAGCUGAGGGUAUAAAACCUGCAGACUGGGUUCAUAUAUUAGACUGAUCAUGAUUAAAAUUAGAUGAAUAUAAAAGGCUUAAUUUUUUAGCACAAACCUGAUCAAAAAGUGUCCAGAUUAUGAGCAUGGAUGUCAAAAAUGAUGGAAUCAGAAUUUAUUUUGUUUGCUACAACUGAAAGGGCGAUUAAGGAACCAACACAGCUGCCUCAUUCGUAUAUAUGUUGACAAGUUGGCUCAUUGAUUCAUCCUUGCAGAUCUACUGACACACUGAAGGCCUUGCUGGUAUCUCCAUCAUAUAACUUAAGCAUCACCAAUACGAUACAUUGAUUUGAUCAUCACGCUGCUGUUAACAUUUUCCUAAACAGUUUAAAGGAUUUAAGGCUGUAAGUCAACAUUUAUGGAGACAAGUGUAUUUUUUUUGCUUGUUUGUUUUUCCACCAUGAAUGUUAUACUUGAAGUUGAUUUUGAAAAGGAUAAAACAAAUGGUGCGUAUCUGUCAUGUUUUUCUCUGUUUGAUAACCACAGGAGCCUGGAGUGUUGGAACGCAGCGUGCCAGUCUCUGUCUGAAACCCCAUCUCCCUCACACUGGGACAACACUGGUAAGACCCCCAGCUAUUAGCAUGGCUAUCUGAUGACGCUCUGUACUCUCUGCAAACCGCUGAUUAUUUGGCCACUGGGGGUGUUUGGUGAGCGGGUGAGGGCAGAUGUGGAGGGGGGAUCAAGUGCUUUUUCUUGUUUCUGCAACCUGUUCCUGAGCUGCGGCCAGACUGAGUGAGCAGGGAAGAAACAAGGCAAACCUUCUCCCUCAUGUCUGCUCCCUCAAACCUUCUCUCUCUCCCCCCCACACACACAUAGACACACGUCAAACUCACAUUAUGUCUUUAACCAGAGGUCUGAGGGUUACUUAAAAAAAAAUAAAGCUAAUCCGUCACACAUCCACUGUUUGGAAUCAGUAAUGUAAUUUCUUAUGCUAAUUUUUAAAAUAUCCCUCUUUAUUAGGGAUUCUUACAAUAAGAUUAUAGUUAUCCCAUUAUGUGUAAUUGCAUUACUCCUUUGGCUUAAAUUAAUAAACACACCCAAUUUGGUAGCAUGAUUGCAAGUAGGCGAGGCUUGCUGUUUUGAAAUGAAGUAAUUAACAGCUGCGUGAGACGCUGAGAGAUGAGUUGCCCCCUUAUCCUGGAGCCUCAGAGGCCAGGGGAAGAUUAGAGCUCUGAUCUCAUUCCCAGCACUUGUUUGGAGUCUGUCAGGAAGAGAAAUGCCAGCAUUAGAGAGGUACCGCCACACUCCUGAUAUGAUGAAAUAAGGAGAAAAGGGGAAAGGGAAAAAGAUGGAGGGAUGGACAGAAAGGCCCCUGCCCUUCUCUGAAGUGUCAGUAGCUUGUUUAUUCUAUUUUUCAUCAUAGCUGCUGGGGCAAAGAUUCCCAUUUUUCCUUUAUUUUUUUUCUCCCCACCUCGUAACAAAAACCACUGCUCUCAUUUUUUAUAAGGUCUUGCAAACUCUCAUGCCCCAGUGAAAAUUACAUUGUGAAACGGUAGAAAUUUCAGGGCUGCCUGUGCUCUGCCCUGUCCCUCUGAGCUUUCAAACAGUCAACAGACUGUGAAGAAUAAAUAAUAAAAAACUAUUGAUUAUUUUGAUGACUGCAAGAUUCAAUUAGGUAUUAAUUUUGCCCUCCAGUGGACCUAUCAAGCAACUCAAAGGAGAGGGCAGGGGGGUGGGGGCGGACCCAAAUGCAUGCAGAGUGCGGCCAAGCUCAGACAGAGGGGAAAAUGUGUUUACCUCGGCGGGCAGGGAGGUGCAUUGAUGCGCAGUGUCCCGCAUUUAAGUGCUCCACAAAUGAAGCGCUGAUGACUAGUGACAUUGUUACCAGGGAUAUGAGUAUUGACCAGCCGGCUCACACUUUUAACGACAGCUUAAACUAUUUCUAUUGAUUAACAUUUUCAUAGAUUAUCAUGUGUCAUAUCAAAGAGGGCUGACUCCCGUGAUGAGCACAUUAAAAAGGCCCCUCUGGGCAGGAACUCAUCGACCACCCGGAUAGAAGCAGGGGGUGGAAGUUGAUGGGUGCAGGGGGCAAAAUGAGGCUCAUCCCGGCUUUUUUUAUUUUUUUAUUUUUUUAUUUUCUGUCCCAAAUGUCCUGUUCACCUGUCCUUUCUCUUCCUCGGAUAUAUUUAGGCUGGACUUGAUUCAUAAAUAAAAAAGAGGGCCAGAGUCCUGCUGCUGUGUGUCUGCAGCUCAGAGCCUGAGGUGGGGUGAACACUGUCUGAGGAGCUCUCCAGUCAGAAGACACAAGGGGGAAGAGACAGAGGGAGAGAAAGAGGGAGGGAGAGUGUGAGUGUGUGUGUGUGAGGGGGAGAGAGAGAGAGAAAGAAGCAAGAGAAGGAGGAGGAGGAGGUGGCAUCUCCAGCAGCCUGUCCGUGGAAGCAACCUCAGGCUUGAACCUGCGGCAGCCAUUCAGAUACACAAAGGUUGAGGAGGGUGCUUGUGGUUCAGCAGAAAGCAUGUGCUAGCUGGUGGUGGCAUGUUUUAGCCGCUCUUAAGACUCACUUCAACAUUUGGACUUUCUGAAAACUAUUUCUUAAUCAUUUCCUCUGGAGCUUUGUGUAGGUAAGAGCAGGUUUCUGACUAUUUUUCAACUUUUAUUUCAACCUUCAUCAAACUUUAGAAGUACUUGAUUUGGAAUUUCUUGCAUUCAGAAUCUCAAGUUGGAAGCGUUUGAACCUCCGACGGCGUUCGUGAAAUUCUCAAACACGCUUAAACAUAAUUUAAAUAUCAGUGUUUGACUGUUCUUCACUUUUCUGAAAUAAUUACGGUGCAUCAUGUUCAGGCGGUUGAAACGCUGAUGUUGAUGCCGUUCGUUGUUGUCUUUAAAUGCUGCCAAAAAAAAUGAAAAUAAUUGGGAGGAAAAAUUGGGAACAUCAUGGACUUCACCUCUUGUUUAAAUCAGGCCUCAACUUGAUAUUGCGUCACACUGUACUGCAAAUGUCACGACCGAUCUCAUUUCGUGUCCCCAAAUAGGUGCAAAUUGGUGUAAUCACUGGUGUGUGUUUUUGGUCCUAUCUUCAGAUGUAGAAUUAUAUUUAUUUCAUGUAUUUGUCAGCGCACAGCCCAUAGAGCUCUUUGUAGGCUGCUGUCAGCUUAGUGUUUGCUGAAGAUGAGGCACAUGUCAGGUAGUAAUGAGCCCUUGGAGAUGGAUGUAUCACCGUUUUAGGACUGCAGGGUAUAAUGGUAAAGCCACGCGAUCCGUAACAGUUCUUCACCAGGCAGCAGCCGGCAGUAUCAGCGGGGAAGCACCAGCCUCAGAUAAAAGAGAGAGCUGGAGAGGGAGGGAGCAGGAGAGAGAGGGAGAGUGAUGAGAGAGCAAUAGAAAGGAGAAGCUGGGUAGAGAGAGUGAGUAGAGGCAUAGAAGGAGAAGAAGGAGCCGGUGAGGCUGAGACGCUGAAGCACAUCUAACCAGGGGUGCUUUCUCUUUUUAUUUUUCUCCUCCCUGUUUCCCCCACCUGGGCUCCAAGCUCCCUCCAGGAUCCGAUGAUUACAGGGCAGCUGAGCAAGCCGCUGCUCUCCUUGCGCAGCGACAUGAGCGCGGCAGAACUCCGGGCGGACGACAAAGCGGCCAGCCCAGACAGCGAUCUGAACGACGAGCCCCUGCUCCUGCCCUCUGAGGCCACGGACAGAGACGGUACCCCCAACAAGCUGUACGGUAAGUGGGCUGAAGCCUCCAGUUUGUCCCGAGAGCUCCUUGAAGCAGCUGUAUGGGUUGUUAUAGACAGAGGUGAUGUGAACAGAGAGGGUCUCUGUGCUGGGACAGGUGUCAGCGGUGUCAGGCUGCAAACUAAGUUUUGGUACAAUACACAAGUCAAUGCUGGCUCUUUGAAAGCUUGAAUGCCUCUUCAGUGAAAUAGUAUAAUCUGCGCUUUUUGAGCUUUAAGAUUUUUCCUGCAAUUUUAAGACUUUUAGACUUAAGAUAUUCAUAAAAAAAGAUUUUGUUUGUAAAAGUAAGUCAAGUCCAUUUUAAAUGUACUGACAGUAGAAGAUACUACUUGUAAAGAUGCAGUGCUCUCUAAUUUGGCUCUCUAUCUUAUAUUUAAUUAAAAGUGGAUAAUUGUGUAGUUAUUGCUGUUGUGUAGUUUCUUUUGCAGCAUCUCUCUGUUUUUCCAAUAUUUUCAAACAUUUUUCAGAACUUCAAAAUUGUCUAAGAUCGACAAGGUUUGUCAUUAUAGCUUUGCUGCUGUUUGAUUAUUUUAUGUAAUUAACCAAAUUUUCUAAUUCACAUAAUGAAGGUUUUUAGUAGAACUAAAUCAAAAUAAAAAGAAAACUAUGACAAUUGACAUUAACUCUGUUCCAAUUGAAAUCAAAGCAUCUGCUGUAUUUUAUAAUCUGUGAUAAUCAUCGGCACAUAAACAGUUUAUUCUGUCUGGAUAAUUCAAGAGACUUCUCUUCCUCCACUGAUGUAUUUUUUUUUUUGUUUUUGGUUCAUUCAAUAAUUUUUAGUCUCUUUGCAUCCUCUGUUUCAGCCACUGUUUUAACAUGAGCAUGAUUUAUUAUUUUUUUCACUUAUCAUUAAUUGACUUUUUGGCAUUUUGCCAGUAUCACUGUGUUUUGUUUUGAUUAUGAGGCACUGUGUCGGUCAUGUGAGUUAAUUUAAUAAUCAGGCCUCAUUAGGUAUCAAUAAGCAUAAUUAUAUCAAUUAACUUUUUUUUCCCCUUUUAUCCAGUAAAACAUUCUUAUGAGUAAUUCAGUGAAGUUCUUAUUAAAGCUUUAUAUUAAUUGUAAUCAGCAGUUGACUAUUUGUUUUUAUAUAAUAAGUUUUGUAAACCCAGGUUAAACCGAUUCUCCUUUUGAGGAGGACCACCAACAAAUGAAACCUGAAUUUUCAGAUUUAAUUUGAUUUAAUGUGAUAAGACAUUGGUUUAAAAAUGUUCCAUCUUUUUUACAAAUAGAUAAUUUAAUCAAGUUUUACUUUGCUGUUUUUAUGUCAAGAGAGUGUAAAGAGAGACAAGUGAAGGACUUCCUAUAGAGAGCUAACAUUUACUCACCUUUGUUUUUAUAUCACUGAUAUGAUUCUGUAAAGGAGGCGUGAGUCUCUUUCUGAUGGCUUUAGCAGUCAAUUGUUUUGUCAGUUUUCGUGCAUAUUUUGUUUUCUUCUCUGCGCUGGAUGAUAAUUUUUUACUUUUAAAAAACAGACCGUUCAAUUUGUGCGAGUGUGUGUCACUUAUGAUUUGGAGAUUUGGGCAUUUUAUUGUUUUACUACUGUUUAUGAAUGACUGCUACACAAAACAGAGCACAGUUUUUGUUUCUUUAAGAUAAUUUGAGUAAAACUAGAGUCUGUCUGUCUGUAUGAUGCUGGCAGUGUGUGUGUGUGAUUGAGUGUGUGUGUGUUUGUUGGGACGUGGCGGUGAGUGGAGAGUAGUGCCUUUGCUAUUUACCAGACUAGCCAAACAUUUGUGAACUAAAUAAAAUCAGAAUUUAGGGGAGGGUUUGCCAAUUAUAAAUCUCACGUGGUAUCAGAGCGAGAGAGUGAGUUCAGCUGUGUUUGAAAUCCUUAUUUUUUUAAUAAGCCGAGGUUACAUUCUUCUAAACAAGGAGUGUGUACAGCAGGGUUUGAGUCAGAAGUGUUGCAAUUUGGUUUAAUAAGCAUCAAGUUUUUCCUCAUGUCUGAUCAGUCUUCACCUGACUCUGCUUGUGGUACUUGCUUCUCUUUUUCUCUCAUAGACUUACACAUAAAUGCUUUACAGAUUGAGCUUUACGCUGAAGCUGUUUUAAUUUUAAUUGAACUAAUCUACCAUUUUCUAUGAGAAAUUUAUGAGUCAAAACACACAAGUAACUUUUUUUGAAUAUGUUGCUCAUUUUUAAAGCUGUAUGAUUUUUUUUGCCUCCUGUUUGUCCUGCUGUUCGCUGUCUCUGCUCUGCAUGUGGUCGGUUUGAGCUGCUCCAGUGUAACUUGUGAAUUUUGGAGAGGAUGGUUUCUCUCCGCCCCGUGGCUGAGCCCUGGGCUGUGCCAACGGCAGGCUUGGUUUGGGAACCGCUGCCCACAUGACCUGACAAAGAGAACGGCAGGGAAUGACAAGGAGUCUUGGUACAGUAGUGUCUACUGCUGGAGGAGAUAGGAGGGAAGAAUGAGGGGAGUGAGGAGGUCAAAGAAGAGAGACUCAGCAUCUUUCUGUGCUUUUCCUUAAAGGCUCCCAGACUAAAGGGGAAAGUGGGCUCAUGGUGACUAGUCACUUCUGUUUUUAAACUCAGUCGAAAACAAAGCUGCUGGUCUCCUUGUUACAACAACUGUUUUGUUUGGUGUUUUGGUUGAAGUUUUAGAGGAAAUUAAGCAAACAGCCGCUGCAAACCAGGAGUUGAAUCAGCUAAAUUGACCCCAACUUGAGCCAGUUAAGCUGAAUGCAUGUGGCCAAAAUCAUGGUAAAAGUUGAAGCAGUGAAUCUUGCACUUAUUCAGUGAGAAGUUACACAUUUUGAGGUGCUGGGUCAUGUAAUUGUGCAAAGUGUAUAGAGUUAGAUAAUUGAGAUUGCAUUAAAAAAAGUUUAAAUGGUCUUAUGAAUCUUUAGACUUGAUUUCCUGUUCGGAUGCUAUUUUAUGUUGUUUGUAUUUGAGCCACAUUUGCUUAUUGGUUUGUUGUAGAAGGCUGUAGAAGUUUGAAUCUCUCCACACUCUAAUGCCGAAGUAAUAAUUGCCACUUACUAGAAAGCAAACCUGAAUUUGGCUUUUUGAACAAGGACUUUCAUUAUUUAGUUGUUUUCAUUCUGAGCUGUGCAGAAGCACAAUCUUUCGACUCCUCUCUUUUCCUCUCGUGUUGAAGAAGAAAGGAGUAAAAGAAACUUUCGGUUUCUCAGCCUCAGAAAGAAGAAAGGGAAAAAACUUUGCUGUGUUACUUUAUCAUAAUCUCGCUCCAAUUAUACACAUAGUACAGGAGAAGACAACUCGUGUUGAAACUUAAUUUGCUUCCCUGCUAUUCAAUUUGCGCUGAACUUAUUGUGGCAUCAACAGAAAAACUCAUCAAUGCAAAGAAACUUAAGUAGACGAGUUUUAUUGCAUUCACACGCAGUGUAGACAAAACGCAGCGAGCUAAUUUGAGCAUUUCCAAAUUCAUAAUUGGAAAAGUUGUGAAUUUAGCUCGUUAGGUAAGUCGAGAGUUCAUUAUUCUUCCAAAAAAAGAGCAGUGAAAAAGGUCGCUAAGAAUCCAAACAUUGCCCCGUAUGGUUCAUAUUUAGACUGAAGUUAGCAAACAGAUUUCGAUUAUAAUUACUGCAAAAUCGUGUUGCUCCUCAUCCUUGCGUUGCGAAUGUUUCAUACACGGUGUGUGUUUUGUAACAUUUCGAGAGCCUUCACCAACUUUUUCCUUCUUGCAGACUUGAUGUACGACUUUACUUUUAGUGCUGUAGUAUUGAGCAGAGGUGUGCGCCAGUACAAGAAGGAGAAGUCAGUGGGAGACAAUGACAGUAGCGGUCAUGUUUGUCUACAGUAAAUUGUCCACCUUCUACACCCACCACAUGCUUACUGUGGUGGUGAAAGGGUCGUUCUCCUCCUAAAAGCUUGCCUGUGCAAAUAGUCUUCCACUUCAGCUAACAGGGGCUACGAGGCACCACAAACAUCCUGCCGCCUUGUAUUUAUUCCAAGUAGAAGUGGACAUUAGGUGGGAAAGCUGUGGUUAGUAGGGCAAGCAAUUUUUUUUCAAAGGACGAGAUGGUGUUGGAUGCGUACAGUUUCUGUCUUCUCUUCUCAAGCAAAUCUCCCCCUUUCAAACAUCAACAGACAAGAUAAUAAGACACUCAGAGCACAAUUCCGUAUUAUAUUCAGCAACCAAAGGCUCAUCUCUUGUCAGUUUGCAUUUACUCUCCCAAGGAUGUGACGCUUCUAUCAUCAUGCUGUCAAAGGGAGCCAGGCUGGAACGACAGGAGCACUCAUUUCACACACUUACUGUCUACAUGAAAUGGUCUGCACUUAUACGGAUUCUGCCAAAAUGGUGGAACAUUUUCACAAAGGUCACCUAGAGACCCCCCUCCUAAAAUGAAUCUUUCAUUGAUUCCUGGUAUUGGAGGUCAUUCAGAACAAAAAGUCCACACCGAGUGCUGCGUCUGCUUAAAUGCUGCACCUGGAUUUUGAUGUAUUACAGGUUUAUAAGGCCUUACUUACAACCGGACUGUGUGCUUCAUUAAUUUAAAGGGAUAGACCAACCAGUUUCUUGGCACUGAUCUAACUUUUUUAAAACAUGAAGUUUCUACUGAUACUGUUACAGAUUCCUGACCGGACACUGGUGAAAAAAAAAAAAUCUGUCAUUAGAUGAACUAAAAGAUGUCUUCAGCUCAUUUCUUUUGACUUAUUCCAUUUGACAUUAUUGUUACACUCACAUAUGAAAAUUUAAAAAUGUAUUUAUAAUGGUGUAAUAGUUUGGUUUCAGGAUAAUAUUUAGCAACAAAAGUGCAUCAUAAACUAAUUUAGUGCUGCACUUUAAUUAUAUAUAUAUAAUAAAUGCAUACUUGAAAAGAAACCCUAGUUCCACCUAUGAGCGAUAUAAACAGCUUGACUUGAAUUGUCACAAGUUUGAAGUUUUUUAUUCGCUGAAAGCCAAAGAGGCCACUUUGCAUGCUAAAUUUGAAUGAGUUUCCUCAGGUGAAAGUUAUUCAAAUCCAAACAAACAGUAGUUUGACAUCUUAAAAAAAAAACUAGAAAGCAGUUAUUUUGUUACUCUUUGGACUCCUUACAUUUUUAGUUACCUUUUCUUAGCUGCAAAUGCCAUUACUCUAAGUAAAGUGACCUGCUUGCGUGCAUACUUCAUAGUAUUAUGUAGAGUAGCUAUGGAAAAACUGCUCCAUAGCUUUAGUGUUUAAUGCAAAACUCUCUUUUGCAUCUACAAUUCAUACACACAAUGAGACACGCACACACACACACCGCUGGAGGCAUGAGUUCUUAUUAUUUUUGUGUAAUCAGCUUAGUGAGCAGGAUGCAUGGUGGGAUAGGCUGCUUGCUGAUGCAAAGAGCCUCGUAAUGUUGUGUGCCGAGGUUAAGUAAUAAAGUGGCGCAAACCCAGCGCUGAAUGGGCCACGCUGGGUAAAUAAGAGUGGAUAAAGGAGAGCGAAGGAGAACAAGCCUCUCCCCAGGAGGUGGAUCUCAUUAUGGGGAUUUCAGCUGUCUGCACAAACUUGAAAACAGGCUUAAUGCAUGCCUAUAAAGCAGGUGUAAUACAUUUGCUAAUGUGCCCACGGUGCCCACAGCUACAGCAAUACAAUCACUCCGGAGGACAGGGAAGAUGAGCACGAGGCUUGUUUUCCAUGUAAACAGCAGCAAAGGUCAUCUGGUUUCAUGAAUGCUUGGUUAUGCAGAAAUGACUUUGAGCAACACAUGGAACUUCAAAAACUGACAAUGUAAUUCUCCCUGCCUUGUUUUUAUUAAAGUCAAAGUAUUCCAGAGAAAAAAAAGCACAUUAAAAGUUGUGUAGGUGCAGAGCUGUGGAGAAAAUAAAUUGCAUUUCAAUAUGCUUCUAUUUUAGCAACACAAGUUGUUUAAGUUGGGGGGAUCAUUUUCAAAAAAAAACCUUAUAUGAUAUGUAGCAUGCGCUCCAUAACCAAUAUCAAUAAGCCUUUCAUGUAGAGCUAACAAAGAGGCAUCACAUCUCCUGGCACCGACACGGUUGGUGUUGUUGAGAUGUAAUUGAAGCUGCAAGGGUCACAUUUUCGGAAUAGAAAUUACAGACUUGUCUUUGACUUGUGUGGCGUGAACCAGAGAUGCAUCCAGCAGCCCUUGUGUCCUUCACAAGCCUUUAUUAUUUAUAACGCUCGCUCUUUGAGCAAUGACCAGUACUAAUGCAUAACCUUCUGUCCUUCUGGCUGAUUCGCUUCCUUUGAAACCAAAGAUUGAGGCAGGAGAAGUGGGUGUAUGGAGGAUGAGGCAGGGGUGUGGGCGGGCUGAGAAGGGAAGGGGGGGGGGGGCGGUAUAGGGCAGUGGAGAUCCAGGCUAUCGAGAAGUUAUUAUGUUUUUUUCCUUUAUAUCUGAGGAUGUGGAAUAACACUGUGAUGAUUCUUUUCUCCAGAAUAGAGUUAUGUGCUUCAAAGCAAUACUAUUUCCUGACGUCCCUCCUUCCACUAUUUGUCUGCUCCAAGAAUAAUGCGCUGGGAGGGGUAGGGAGGAGUGGGGUGGGUGUCUUUUAGCAACAUGAUUAUUUGCUUGUUUCCACCUUUACCCACUCAGCUCUGUAAAUAUCACAGCAAGGAGGGAAUACAGAAACAACUAAUACAGGACUUUGUUCAGAUAAACUCAUUUCUGCACUCGCUGUGUUUAGCCGAGGUUCAGUGCAGGUAAGAUAUCCUCUGUGUAGCUUGUAUCACCUGAUGUUAUCCUACAGUGAUUGAGCCGCUGCUGCAGCCGCUGGUGUGAUCCAUUGUUAUUACACCUCUAUGACAGAAGGAGCGGGUGAAGACGCGGGAGGGGGGCUUUGAGGGGGCAAAGGGGUAGAAAGUGGGACAUAGGCAGCAUUAGUGCCAGAUAGCCUGGGGGGCUCGGACUGAUGUGUCAGGCAUGACAUGUGGGUGUCUAACCUCCCCCCUCCUACACACAAACACACACACUCUCAUACUGCGCUGGACUGUCCUCACAGCCCACUGGCUAUUUUGAAUGGCUGUCAGCUGACCACACAAGAUAGAUUUGUUUAAAAGAUGCUUUUUAAAAGAAGUUACUGAGAGAUUGAAGGUGCCAGUUUAAAGUUGAUGACCGUGUGAACUCUUCGUGUUUUCAAUUAAACUUUAAUUCUGUGAAAUAAUGGGAGUCAAAAGUGUCUUUUUCACCUCCCAGAGCCAAUCUGUUUGAUUUUUUUUUUUUAAGAAUUCAUUUACACUCAGAUGAAGUUCAUGUAGAACAGAUUUUUAAAGAGGAAAAUAACUCCGAAGCAUGAAUCAGUGAUUAUUUGACAUUCAGGCUGAAUGAAACUUGGAGUGAUUUUUCCAUGACAAAAGCAUUUCAAAUCAAUCCAAAGCAUUUUUUUUGGCUUUCUUCAUCUUUUUUUAUUUUUUAUAUUUUUUACCCCGAAUCAUGAAAAAACACACGAUUAAGCCUUCAACUACAGAUUAUUUUUAUUAAUUUUUAAUGCUUGUUUAUUUUCAGUCUGUCGUUUAUACUCUGACAUUACUCUUUUUCUUUAGAUACUUAAUUGUAUUGCUUGACUGAGCCAACCAGGUAUCUCUCGAUGUUUAAUUUGACUUAACAAUCGAGAACCAACAUGGAAAAUUAGCAGCUACUGUUACUGCAAAAGCUGGAAUCAUUAAUUGCCUGUUUUUGCUUUAAAAUGAAGUCUGUUUCUUUUGAUCACCCAACUGAUUGAUAAUCAUUCCAGCUUUUGUUCUAGGAGCCUUAGGUAUCAACACAAAGUAUGAGAGGGAGGCCUUUAUUCGGCGCAGGGUUGCAGGCUGCCGGCAGCAGAAUCCUAUUUACAGCAAAUAUCAUUUAAGUAAUUUAGGAGGAGGAGCCACAGUGAAGCAAGCGUCUCCUAAAAGGCUUACAGCGCUCUAAAGCUAGUCUUCAUCUCAGCGACCCGCCAUAAAAGGAUGAGGAAUCAUUUGUGUUGUGAUUUUCCUCUUUCAACCCUGAGUUAAUCAGGUUGACUUUGCUUUGAGAAUGAGGAGGACGCACCAGAGCAGAUGUGCUCAUGUGCAAAGUGUCCCAAGUCCACUGUGAAGAUGCAUCACAAAAGCCCUCCUUCCCCCUCCCUCCCUCCUCUUCCUCCUCCUCCAUCCUCCUCUCCCCAUCACACCAUCGCUCCUUCUUGACCUUUGAAUCGGGCAUUGCCUCUUCUCACCAAUUUACCUCCCUCUGGUCCCUCUUGUGCUUGUGCUGCUUCUUCCUGCUUCCACUCCAGCACCGAGGGAGAGGGACAGGUAAGAGCCGGAGCCGAGCACUCUCAUGUCAGAGAGCCUUUUGGUGAAGACCUGUAGCCAUGAGUGAGAGCAUAAGUGUGGGAGCACGGGGUCCUCUUUACUUUAAGCAUUGUUUGCAUGCAGAUUCUCCACCCGUUCAUCAGAAACCCGAGAUUUACAUCUUCAAACUCAAGUGUACUAUUUUCUUUUGUUUACAUUUAACAACUCUGCAGCAUCCUUUCCCUCUUCUGCUCACCCUUCUUCCUCUUCUUCAUCUCUCCCUGUCCUCUGUGUCUUCCCCUCUCUGCUCUUGGCUUAACAAUCACCUCAAAAAUAGUCACAGAACUGCUGAGGUGUAAAAUCCUUUCUGUUCAGCACCACCUCCGAUGUAAUUCCUUAACUCCAUAAUUCCACUUUGCGCCCGAAUAAUAAAUGAGAUGGAUUUUUUUUUCCCUCCCCCUGUAAGGUCUACGCCCUCGCACGAUGAGGAAUCAGGCUUUAAUGUCGAGGGGCCCGCAGAGAUUGCCGCGGCCUCUUCUCCCUCUUGCCCCGCGCUGGGCUCUUAAUUAAGGAAAUGACAGCUCUCCUAGCAGCAGCAGGAGCCAUAAUGUGGCUAAUAGUGUUACAGGCAGCCACUCAAAAGUCAGUCUCUGGUGAUUUUCUAUCCGCAGGAACGCUAUCGAGCUAUCCUUAGCAGCUUCUCCGCCCCAGCCUCUAAACAGAGUAUUACUUCCCUGCCGGCCCGGAGGGAGCCAUCUGACUAAGAGCACCUGGAGUUAUUGGCAGCAGAUUAUGCCCUGUGUUAUUGUUGAGGGCUUUGGUGGGAGUAAUGAAACACUGAGCUAAAUCACCGGUGAUUUUGGCUCACUUGCAUUCUACAAGGAGUUAAGUAAAUCACUAGAAAGCCCCUUGCUACAUAUAACAGGCUGCUCGCUUCCAUACUACCUUAUGUUUUGUUUGUAACAGAACUUUUUGGCUUUAGAACAACAGAUGAAACAGAAAUGAUCUGCCACUCCGCAUCCCUUUAAUGUCACAUCAACUUUCCAAGCGGUAUUAACACAAUCAAUGGUCAAACAAUCUGGGACAAUUGGUUGUGUAUUGAUGGAAUUAAACCUCCUGUAUGAUGUGGCCUGUUGUUUAUCCGUACCCAUCCUUUACGCUUCAACAGCUCACAGAUCACUGUCCGACAAACGCUCCGCACUCUGUGUCGAACGACGAAAACCGCGCUACUCUGCAUUCCAUAAUUCUUUCUACUUCAAAAAUCCAAUUUAUUCUCGCAAUUAAGAAUGUAAUUACUUCUAAUCUUGAGUCGUUCUUAAUGUGAUCGCAUGUGAAAUUAUUUUCCAUAGAUUAGAUUUCAGAGGCAAAAUGAUUGACAACAUCUUAAUAGCAAACACAUGCACUCAGCCAGACAUUUUCAAAAGCACUAUUAUAAAAAUGGGGGUUGGCUGUUCAUUGUGAAAAGCCUGAAUCGUUACCAGGCCUCUCUCGCACGUCUGACAACUUACAUAAUGCAUUUCCACUAAAAUAGCUUAAGUGUUAAAGCUUCUUUUAUGGGCAGAAAUUGAUUCAUGAAUGCAGCGAGGCGAAAGCUAACAUGAACACAAAGCUUUCAAUAACACCCAUUUUAUUCAGACUGUCAAUGUAUGAAGCGGUUGCAUUAGACAAGGUGGCAUGCUGAUUGCUUUAUGAAAUCCAGGCUAAUUGUUUUGUGGUGUAGUCCUUGGGGCACCCUGCAUUAAGACAGGCCGAAUGAAGUCAAAUAAAUAUAGCUCUUUGCCCCCCAACCACACAGCAGCACACACACACACACUCACGCACACACACACAGACCUUCUGCCAUGUGUGGCAUUGAAAGUCGCUCUCCAGUGGCCACUUUGGUGAUCAAUGAAAGACAAUUUAUAUAGUGGUGGAUAUUGGCAAUAUUUCCAUGACAUAAGUCACAUCAAAUUGCACUCUGUGCCCUGUAAUAAAUCUGAUAAUUUCGCUUUCAAAAAAAAUGUUUUCACAGAAAUACCAUAAUAUGAGUGUUAGUAUGAAUGUGGAAUUAAUUUCACCUCAUUAUAUUCAUCCCCUCUAUGUCAGGAAAGGUUAUGAAUAUCUAAUGUUUACUGUCUUUCAUGGGGUUGAGUGUUUUUUGUUAUUCAUAGUAAAGAUGUAACAGCAAUUAAACUGCUCAGAAAAUCCAAAAGAGAGUCGAAGCCUGCCUGUCGUAGAUAAAUGUAAAGCUACACUGAAGGUAAAUGGCCUGCUCUUUCAUGCGUUUGGCCUCUUCUUUCAUCUCUCCUCACAUCAAUACGUCCAUUCAUCGCAUUUUUGUGUGUAACCUGAGCAUAAUCACAGAAUCAGAAGACUUUCUUUAUCAUAAGGCUUUUCUCCUCCCCCUCUUUGUAUUGAGUUUAUCUUCAUCAGGAAAUCCAUUUAAGAAUCAUUCACAUUGGAUAAGUUCAUUUUUUUAAAGAAAAUCAAAACAUGUACAAAGAUUCGAGUAAUAAAAAAGAAUUGAAGAUUGACUCCCUGGAUAUUUCUCCUGUCAGCUAUUUAAUUUAGUUAAAGAAAUUACAGAAAGCCUGUGGGGAAAGAUGUGCAUGUGUAUUUAUUUAUUAUCGAUCUCUCCUCUUGCGAUAAACGUGUUAUCGUUACAGAUAUUUGCAAGGGGAUGAAGCUUUCUAAGUUAUUGUGAAGUGAUGCAAUGAAAGGCAUCAAAGAAUCAUUACUCUGAAAGUCUCCCGCUCUAUAAAUGAGACAUUAUUCACAACCAAUAUCUUAAAUAUAGUCACAAGGUUUGCAGCUUUUUAAUGAAGACUUAAGGUCACCUGUUUCUUCAUUGGAGCUGAAUAUUUCGAUCAAAGUGAUAGGGGGUGUUUUUAUGCUGAUAACCAGAUAACUCACUGGUGUAAAGGUUGUUGAGUACUACUUGUACUUUUAUUUUCAUCAUGGCAGGGCAGCUGAGUUUAGAGAUUUUUCUUUGAGACAGCGCAAAGUUUAUGUCACUGUACACAAUUUUGAUAAUUGUUAAUUUAGGAUUGAAGAAAUGAAUCUGAAAGUAUUGAUUCACAGCUGUUGUUAGUCUGGUCACUUGAGUUUAAUGUACCUUGGAUUUUUAAUUGCACUUCUCCCAUUGCACUGUUGUUCUGUAUUGUGUAGUUGUACAUAGCCUUUUAUACUUUAUUGUACAUUGCAUAGUACAUAGCCUUUUAUACUCUGUACUUCAUAUUUUUCUUGCAUGCUCUUAUUAGUUUUUUAUUCAAGUAUUUUAUAUUACUUUCUGUUUAAUGUUUCACCGUCAUGCCGAAACAAAUUCCUAGUCUGUGAAUUCUGUUCAUUGAUAAUGGCAAUAAAACCCCUUCUGAGUUCUGAGUUCUGUUGGGUUUUACCAAUGUAUCAGAUGUAUCAAAAUUUGCCAAUAUCAACCUUGUUGAUACAAAUUAGCCUAUCUACAUCUUAGCAAGUCCCAUGUUUGAGUUUGCUUUUUGCUAAUAGAAACUAGAGAUGCUGCAAUUGCCUGCUUUUACAAUUAAUCGUGUAAAUAUCAUGCUUAUGUAACCAAGUAUUUCUGUUGUCAUUCUCACAGAGGGGCCUUAGCUUGACUAUCGAAGAAGAACCAAGCAGCAAGGUUUUGUUACCACUGAGGAAAUAAAUGAACCUUGUAGUGUUGGGACAUUUCUGAUACCCCUCAGAAUAACCAAAGACUUUUUCAAGACGACAGAUUGACAGUCUGUAAAAUCUGUCUCAAAAAAAAAAAAAAUCUGUAUUUGAUGUUUCUCCUUAAUAAUAGUAUUUAUUUGUUAAAAAAGAACUUUCGUAUUAACAUCCUUAAAACUGAUUCUUGGCACGUCGGUUUAGCUGAGGUUUUUUAGCGCACACCUCACAUACAGAGGCUGUAGUUUUUGUCGCAGUGGCUGUGGGUCUGAUAUUUUCUGUCUCUUUCCAGCUGUGAAAGCAAAAUGGCCCAAAAAAGUAAUAGAGGGAAAAUGGCAACUUUCCAAGGUUUUAAACUUAAAGCAGCUUGAGAAGCUUUAGAACAACUUGUUUCCUACAGCAUCGAUCUAUUAUGUUAAGAAGAGUUCAAAAUUAAAGUUACUUUGGUCAGUUGGUGCCUCCUUAAAGAUAGGGCAAUGAAAACAGAGCCAGCAAACAUUCACUUAUGGUAUUAUCAAUAAGAUGAAUGUAUGAAGUUUAAAGACACUGCCUGUCAAAUAAAACUGUUCUUCUUAGCAUGGGAAUUGACUUAAGCUCUGUUUUUUUAAUUGGUGCAUCCAUGUUGCUAGGAGACAUUACUUCUCAUGAAAGCCAGUGAAAAAAGAAAAUAUAUGACCAUAUUAUUCCCAAUUCACAAAAUAAAUGUCAAAUUACACAGCAGAUUAUGAUGAUAUUUUACUUUAUCUGUAGCUUCACAUCAGCUCUAAUACAGCCUCAAAGUCUCUUCCUGUGUCCUCAGAUUGAUCUUAAUUCCAGAUACUGAGUGCACAGGGUGGGGCCGUGCGCAACGCGAUCCAUUAUGGGUGAAAUAAUUGCUGAAAAGAGACUGGCCUGUCAAAAUAUCCACUGCGUUUCGAGGCUGAUAAGCGAGAGGAUGUGGACCUUCAUCCAGAAGCAGGGCCAGCCAGCCAGCCAGAGGUAGAAACCAGCAGAAAAAAAAAGCAGGCUUCCCCUUGGGCUUUCACAUCAGCCAUCAAACGCUCGAGGUUGCUUAGGUCAUGCCAUUCACCAAUUAUUUGGAUUUUAUGUAAAGAUGAAAUGAUUUCAGAUGGCGGAGGGGAGUUUAAACCUAAUGCGUAAAUAUACUUGACAGGCAAUGAGAUCUUACAGCGAGGCCUUUCAAUAGAGGAUUUUGUAUGAGGCUUUUAUAAAAGGUCUGGAGACCCACUGCAUGCCAUCUAUGUUUAACAAGAAAAAGCCUAUUCAUCCUUAAAAGAUACAAUACAGCACAGCUUUAUUCUUCGUUUAAACGACGUGAUAUUCCAUUUAGGAAAAUCGAUCCGGUAGAGGAAAUGUGAUUAAAGGUUUUCUUAAAUUCAUUGCCAACAAUGUGUGGUUUAACAAGGUUGUGUGGCCUUCAAAUGCAUUUCCACAUGGAUGGUUUGACUUUAUCUACAAAAUUCACCUUUUUCGGGGGACAAGCUGUUGUAAGAAGACAGUGCCGUUAAAAACGAUAUUUUAUUCAUGCUUGUGAAGGUUUUUUGAUCAGACUUUCAAAGCUGGGUCUUUGUUAUUAAAUUACACCUGGCACAUAACCUUUUGCAGAAUAUUCACAAAGCUGUUUUUUAAAACAAGUGAGCCAACCUUAUUGUACUUGUAAAUUGACUUAAAAACUAUGAAUAAUAGGAGUUAAAAAUAUUAGAAAGCCUUCUGUGCUCUGCUUUUGUCAAAAACCACAUAUAAUAUCUUCAUUCAGUGCAUGUUGUGCAGUCUUCUAAAAUGUUACACACAAAGACGCCAUUGUGGAUUUACAAUUAUAGCAAAAAAACAGAAGAGGAAAAAAUAAGAUAGUGAUCAUGACUUCACACUUUGCCUCCUAGAUGUAGCACAUUGUCAAAGUAAACGCAACACAACUAUAUCAGAGCGUGCUGGAAAGUUUCUAAAGGAGGAGAAUAUUUUAUUGCUAGUUUGCCUCAAUAAAUGACCUGAAGUUGUUAAUGGUCCUACAGAGAGAAGGUGUAAUCCACAGUAUUUACAGCCUGUCACAGAGGGAACAGAGGUUUUGUUUGUACCAGUUUGACCACACCUGGUCUCUUUGCCACCAUCAUCUUAACAAACUGAUAGAGUAGGCUUUCGGCCCCUCUUACCACCAUCUAGUUUCACAAAGUUUUUUCCAUAAAUACCCAUUUCAGAUGUCUUUUCUUUGAUAUUGGCAGUUUGAAAUGUUAUAAAAUCUCAAGGAUCACAAUUCAAAUGUUCCUGUAGCCUCAUGUCUACAAAAACUAUUUUUACAGAAGUUUUUGAAUUUGUUUUUCUCCAACAAAAUGUACCUUCUCUUGACAUUGAGGAGGAAUUCAUUACGCGUAGAUUGUGGUCUGUAAUUGCACCAAGAAUCGUACCUGUCUUUCCUCGGCUGUCUGCCCCAUCUGGAGGUCCAAAAAUCAUAGUGUACGUUUUAUUGAAAUUUGAGUGCAAAAAUGACCCUGAAGUUUUGCAGCCCUGUGCAGUUUGCAUCAGUCUGGUGUAUUCUUGCGACUGUGUUCAGGUAUCAGGAUUGUCACCCUUUUCUGCACACAGCUGCACUGUGCACUCUCCUUCUGAUGGCACAAAGGUCAUAACUCAUAAUGGAGUUGAUUUAUGAUCUCCCAGUUUAUGUUAAGACACUUCUACAAGACAGCACGUGAAAAGCAGCUUCUAAAAUAACAAAUAUCUGUGCAGUUGCGUAGAUUGGAUGCAUGGAGUGGACAAUAUCAGACUGUUUGAACUCCUGAUUAUUCUGUGAAUUAUGCCAUGAAUCUUGAAGUUUUCUCUAAUCAGGAUACUUUGGGUGAAGAUUGAAUCAGAAUCUUCCAGUCAGGUGGCGCUCUAAUUUUCUUCUGUACUGCAUUUUUUUGUGAAAACAUUUAGAAGAAGCUUUAUCAUGUUUCAUUUUCAAAGACGGUUGUGGACUGAACGUCAAAACUGCAACCUGUGGCUGUUGUAUCCCUUUAUGCGGCACCUUCUUUACCAGCUGAGCCAAACCAGCACUGCAGUUUUUUCUCUUCAAGAUUUUCUCCAUGGACCUUUGUGUCAACAUUCAGGCAUCCUCCAGGCUCAAAGCAUGAGGGUCAAAGUAACUUCUUGUACCUUUGAGAGCUGCCACCACUCGCUGCACUGCUCUGAGAUCUUGUGCGAAAGGGAUUGCUAUGAUACCAAACCGUUGGUGUCCUUUAUUUCCCCUGCAGCCAUCAGCAAGCUAAUUAUCAUGUCCCUGUCUGUUCUGUUCCUCUCUGCCCUCGUAGCAAACAGGCUUAAUGUUGUCUCGUAGCUACAGGCUCAGAUUGGAGGGAGGGGAGGGGCGAGGUGGGUUUAGUUGAGUGAUACUCAGUGAUGUAAAUGGGUGUAUAAUAUGGCCCCAGCGUUUGUGCUGGAGCUCUAUCUCUCAGCGGUAAUCUAGGCCAUCAGGGACCCGUCAGUAUGCAUCAUCCACCAUCAACGAGCCUCUCUGCUGGUUGGUAAUUUAUUCAGCGCUACAGUGGUUAUUGAUAAAGCACUUAAAUACAAAUUCCCCUCUUCUCCCAACUGCCCUCUUCUCACCGAGCGACAAUCUGUGUUCUAAUAUCCCAACGUGGCCUGUGUUUUGUGUGUUUAUCUUCUCUCUUUGUUUGUGUUGAUCGAAGGUUGACUUAUCCUUUUUCUCUCUUUCUUCUUUUCUUGCCUGUUGCUCUCCCAGGAGCUCGAGACGGUUCAGUCCAGUCUGACGCCAGCAGCAGUCCCUCAGAGCAAAGUCAGCUGGGCCAGUCCCACCCAGGAUACCCUUUGGGUCCACAGGUGAGUCCGCAACAAACCGAACUCAGGAUAAAAACAUUGCAAGCAAAAUCGGUGAUGAUAUUCAGACAAAGAAGCUUAAAUUUUCAUGAAGUUCUGAAGAAGUUUGCAACUCCUUCAAUUACAGAAAACAGAAGUUAUCAUGCCUGUGCUGUAACAUGAAAGAGGGGUUAUCCACCCUCUUAACCAAACAUAAAGAUGAUGCGUCAUCUUUUCCACUUGAACGCAAAAGAGACACAGACAAUGAAAAGGUCAAAGAAAUCACAACUUACAAACUGUAACAAACUUUGGCUUUCCUGUUUAUCAUUUUUGGAGGCAAAUUGUGAAAUUAUGUUUUCAUGCAGUCACUAUCCUAACAGUUCUGUGUAAUUUUGAGUUUAGAGGUCCGCUCUUUUUCCUGGGUCAGCUGUUGAUUAUGAAUUUGGAAAUGCUUGACUAAUGAGAGUGGUUAUCCCAACAGAGAUUUCAGUAAAAGUAUAAAAACCGUACAAACAGUGUGAAUGUGACUCACUUCUGACCUCUUAAAAAGAUUAGAGGAAUGAUGUAGAGUUGACACCAGCUGUAGUGCUUAUCUUUUUUCAUCAGCUCCACUGACAAAACCGUUUGACUUCAAGGUUGUCAAAUGCCCUCAAUUAUCUCUCUUAGCUGACAUUCAAAUUGAAAGUAUUUUCUCGUAAUGAAGACUUCAUGUGGAAUUUAUGAAGUCAAUAUUUUUUUCUCUUGAACACUUUCCAGCCUGUUAGGGUCGCAAAAGGCCAGCCUGCUUGUAAAAACUACGAUAAGGAUGGUUAAUGGUACAGAGUGGUUUGGUUCAAGCAUCCUUUUGUUUUUGAUAAUUAGAGCUUCAACACCAUCCUCAGUGUACCCAUCAUCAUCAUACUCAGUGUGAGCUCCUUUACAUCUUGUUGUCUUCCUCUUAAUUGUACUUCCACCAAACCUUACCAUUUCCAGUUGUUGUUGACGUGGUCCGACAGUUGAGUAGUGUUCUCAAGGUUAAUUCUUAAAGUCGUAGUGUGUGUGUUGGUAGUGUGGCGCACUGCGUUAUAUUGAAAGAUGCUUCCCUCAUGAUUAUAGACAAAGUAAACCCAAAAAAAGGAACACAUUUCAGUAUACGGCACUGCUACCUACUACAGCUUCAAUAAUAAACAGGAAGAACGAUCAUAACCUGUCUGAACUGAACGUUUUUAAGCUUCUUGAAAGUAUAAUCUAUGUUAAAGCUGUUGAAUUGGGUCUACGUAGACUGCCUUGGUUUUCAUAAUGUAGUUGCUGGUCAGUGCAGAUGGUGUAUUAAUAGAAUGAAGCUUUAAUGUGAGCAUCCUUGUGUAACCGAGACAACAGAGAAUGGAAAUCCACACAAACAAAAGUGUUUACUUUUUACUGACUAUUUAGAGAAUAUCUAACAAAAUAGAAAAAAGAGGUUCUCUCUUGAUUACAAUAAAUGGAAGGGCUGGGCCAUAAAACAAAAAUUUACCGAUACCGAAAUUUAAGACAAUAACCAACGUCAUUUUGCCCAUGUCAAUAUAUUUGGUGUCAAAAAAAUAAAUCAAUAAAAGUUGGUUUUGGAUGUGUGCAGGUAGGCUAUGGUCUCAUGUCCUUUUAAGACGCUGUCCUACGUUAGAGACGUGACUCCACCCCAUCCAGUCCUUAACUAAGAGGGAAAGACAGGUGAGGAGAUGGAGGUCGGUUCAAAAAGUGUAGCGGCUGAAGUAGACGAAGUUAAUGUGGGAGGGGGUGAGCAGCUUGUGGAGUAGUUAUCACCCGUUUAUCGUUAUCAUGAUAUUGAUUUGAAAAAGGUUCAUCAGACAUUGCCACCCUGAAAAGUGGAAAAAUAAAACUGCAUUUUGAUAUGCUUGUGAAUACAUACAAUUAAAUCCCUACAUUUAUAGUCCUGUUAGUUUCACUAGAGUCUCUGGGUGAACCAGAAACUCUAAAGCUGCCGUACAGAAAGCGACACAGUGAAUGAUCUCAGCUAAACUAUGGACUCAUAAAGCAUUUUGUCCUCACACAUCAUCUUCACAUGUAAUUGAGUCGUGACUCUAAUGAGCUGACAGUAACGGCCUUGUCAAAACAAGCAGGGGAGCAAAGAGGCCGAGCCUGCAGCCCCGUUAAUAGCUCAAUCAGGCAUUGUCCUAUCUGAUUGGAUUUAUUGGCCCGGUGGCUCGGCGCUGUUUAAUGAACAUCUAUCUCAUUAGUGUUGCUCAAUGUCACCGCUCGACACACACACACAGACACAGACACACACGCGCUCACAGCAUCAGGUUCCCUCCACCCUCUUUAAUAAGGCCAUUCACCCUGCACUCAGUGUUACUCAAUGACAGUCAGUCCUCAUCAGGAUAAACAAAAGAGGAAACACGAGAGCAGGAGAGCCAUUCAGGUUUGUCAGGGCAGGUUUGCAGGGUGAGAAAUCCCCAGUGAAAGAGUCAAUCUGCUGCAGGUGGAGAUAAAGAAUGAGCUUAAUUAACGGCACUUUUCUGAUUACAGAUACCUUCACAGGUCAAAGCCAGUGUUUCAGUAAUAGAUAAGAAAAAAAGCAUCUCGAGCAGGCAGCAGUUAGUGUGAGCCUCAGCAGGCGGCUCUCAACAGUCACCAUCUAAUAUAUUAAUGCUGUCAGUACAGUCUCUGUGAAGCUAACACUUUUCAGAAACAAAGGCGCUCCGCACGCCAUACCCAAUUCUCUUGUUCCAGGAUCAAUAUGUUUUGAUAGAUUCUCGCUCCAGAGCCGGAUAUUGUUCGAACAACCAUUAUCCGAUGGUAGUUUACCCAACAUGAAUCCACCUUCCCUCUCUUUCCCACUCGCAGUUAGGAUGACAAAAGUCUGCUAUCUGGGUGAUUAUGGGCAAUUUCUCAGUGCCAAAGCUGCCAAGCAGACAGAAAGGCCUAUUCUCCCCUGAUGGGCAGAGAGGCUGGGUACCACAUCCAGUCCUGAGCGGGGCUGCUUCCCCAUCCAGAGUCAACACACACCCAGUCUGUGUGUCUGCGUGGCCCCUAGGAGACCGCUCCUCAACACGCAGCUGUCAGGCCUGCCAAGCACGAGGCAGCAGUUUUCCAACAGCACCUAUCGCGAGGAGGAGCGGCGAAAUCUGGCGAAAAGGCAGAAGCUGAACUGUUAAAUCAAGAUGAUUGAUGCCGAGGCUUCUCGCAGUUGAAGCGUGUUGUGUGGCUGCAGAGUUGAGCUAAUUAUGUUGACGCUAAAUGUAUUCUAAUCUCUUAUUUUGAUGUUUGCAGAUACAGAGUUCUCACCUCAGAUAAACAUCAUAAUCAGUCUUAAACUGGCACAACAAACAGCCGUAAGACUAAGAUCUCUUGGAUGUUCGGGGGAAAAAAAUCCCCACAGUUCUUCCUCUCUGCAGCUGCCUAUGUGCCUAACAGCUGCCUCUUUCUCCAAAGCUGCCUGUUAUGAUAAAUAAAUCAGGGCUACAUCUGAUAAUUGCAGAAUUGUCUUUUAAUGUUAUUCCCUUUCUAUGUGAGGCUGUCUGUGCUGUCAAGCCUGGCAAUCUCAUUUUGUUUGACUCCAAGAUGAAAUGUUCAAAGAGCGUCUUUGAUUAUGUGCUGCUUCGAUUCAAGAUUACAUUGAGUUUAAAAUGUGAGAUUAAACGUAUGUCACUUGCAGCUUACAAACGCGUUGCCUUUGUUAUUGUCCUUUGAGGCUCCUUUGAGCUCCCCAAUUAUUAAUUCAUUUUUUAAAGUUAAUGGCAAAUGUCAUUUCGAAUGCUCUUAGAAGCGUCAGAUAUUGUCGUUUGUUAUGCGCGGCUGUUGUGUAUCAAAGCGCAGAGGCGUCUUAAAGCCUGUUUGUGAUUACUCCUGCCAAACACAAUCACCCCUUUGUGUUUCUUUUUUAUUCUUUUAACAGCUUAGGAGCAUGAACAGGUAUUCAUUUGUCUCUCAGUGCAGAGAUUUCACCCUCAGAUCUUUUGUGCUUUGUGGCUCUAAACCCGCCUGACCUCGUCCCUCUUAAACUGUGAUCGCAUGUAUGUCGGAGCGGGUGCAGGCGUUGUGCACCAUGCAGUGUUAUCGCAGUGACACGGCUGUCACCCAGGAGCACCAGUGCUAGGGAGCACGGUGGGGUCUUCGCACCAGUCGGCCCGCUGUGCAUCCUGUGCAAGCUGCACACACACACACGCCAUGCAAAACAGAAGCAGAUAGCUGACAAUUGGAGUUAAAGGCUUGUGAACAUGAGUCACAGUGGAGGAGUCAACACAGUGCAGCCAGGCUCACCUAGCGAUGUCUAAAGGCUUCUUCACUGUGGACACAACACAAGCUGACAAUGUGCUCUGAUUAUUUUAUUCCAAACAAUUCAAUUCUACUGUUAAAGAGUAAUUUUCUUGGAUUUUGCAGCAUCUUCAGUGUCUGAGAGCUCCUGACUAAAUCCACUCUGGCGUGCUCGGACUCUGACAUAAUUUGAAAACAGUUUUAUCAGGAUGAAUGAAAUUUGAGAUGUCACUCCUUGUGUAUUUGCAGAGAUUCAGCCAUGGUACAAACCUCUCCCCACUUGUGGCUCAAAGCUCUCGAUGAAAAAUGUGUUGGUGUAUUUCCAAACCCUCUUCCCUCGGAAAAUACAUUUGAAGAGAUCUUCUGCUGUGCAAAAUAUCUCGGAGCGAUACUUCUGAUAACAUAUCUUUUCCUCUAUGGGUAUGACUUCACGGCUUCUACUUUAACUAAUGUGAAUGAAUGGAUACAUGAAGAGUCGAGAGUGAUGUGUUAUAUCCCUCAUCAAAAGGGUGAAGUGCUGCUACUUUCUCUUUUUUUAUUUUGAAAAGCACUGUGUGUUUCAGGCACAUUUCUGUGGUACCAGGGAUUUGUUCAAUGGGAUGAAACACAAAUCACUCUGCAUCUCUGGGAAAGAAAAAUCCUCAGCUCUCUGGCAAAGAUUGGAUUUGAUGUCUGUCAGUACCAACAGCAGUGUGUUUUUUGACUCUCUCUGUGUGUGUGUAUCGUUGCAGCACAGGAUUUAUCUGUAAAACAACUGCAUUCAUCAAAACACACUGAUUAAUGAUAGUCACUUUGGUGACAUCUGCUCUAUUGAUUUACCUGUCUCAAUUAAGCAUCCCAGAAUAUAACAUAGUGGAUAGACUAUAUCCAACUCAAUGUAUUACUGUUGCACUUAAUUUUACUUCUGCAGAACAAGUUUUCUCCAGCAAGUACAGAGAGUGAAUCUUUGUUUUAGAUUGCUGUUGAUGAUGCAAAAUUAGCUGUUAGAACUACCAGCUACAAGAAAGAGUUUGGUCUGUUCAUUGCUCUUGAUUUGAUUACUCAGUGUGAUAUCUGUAAAUUUUGUCAUUUAAACUUUGAACACUUAAAAAAAUAAAGAUGAGUGUAAUUCUCUACAAAAACCUAAAACAUACGUUUUCAGUGUUUCCCACACAAGGACAGUAACCUGUGCGGACUGCCUAAACAUUUUACUUCCCUCCUGCUGAUGCAUUGAUUGAGUUGGGACAUCUCAUUUAUUACUGUGCCCAACCAUAUUCAGGGGCACGGCUGUGGCUGUUAACACUCACCUCAAACACCUCGAAAGUAGCAAGGUCAGAGUUUAAAGAAAACUUUUCCUCUUGUUGCUGAAGUUGGUAAUAAUGCAAACAAGGAUUGUAUAUAAGAAUAUACGCCUGCGCAGUUCUCCAGCAUCCUCUUGAGUGAAUCGCGUGGGCUCGCACAUGAAUCUCAUUUGUCUUCGCAACAUUUGGCAGGAUAAUUCUUCUUACACCUUACCUUUCCGAUAAGCCUAGAUCACUUGUUGUAAUAACAGGAUAUUAAGUGAAACGUGUCGGAAGGUGAGAUGCGUCAUUAUGGUGACUGUAGAAAAGGUGCUGGGUAUUGUCAGAAGAUGGUCAUGAUAUAAGGUGAUGUGGGACAUGAUGCUGUUUGUGUGCGUGUGCUUGAAUAAUAUAAGUGGGUACAAGUAAGAUGAGCAAAUGAAGGUUGUUCGUGAAAAAAAAUGUAAAGUACAAAACUUGAUACAAGUAAGGUAUGUUAUAUUUCAAUAUAGGGCUGGGUGAUAUGGCCCCAAAUCAGUAUCAUGAUAUAUUGAGUAGUUCACCUCAAUAACGAUAAAUGGACGAUAACUACUCUAUAAGCUGCUCACCCCCUCCCACAUUAACUUCUUAAACGUCUUAAAGGGACAUGAAACCAUAGCCUACCUACACACAUCCAAAACCAACUUUUAUUUAUUUAUUUUUUGACAACAAAUAUUUUGAUAUGGGCAAAAUGACGUUGGUUAUUGUCAUGAAUUUUGGUAUUGGUAAAUUUUCAGUUCAUCGCCCAGCUCUAUUUCAAUACUAGUCUCCACCUUUACCGUCACAGCUAGUAAGAGUUGGUAUGUGGGAAAUACUGAUAUUGCAACUUCCGGGCUGGUACAUGCCAUUGAGUGAAUAAAGGGAGGAAAGCUGUCUGUGUAGCAUGUGUGUUAGUGAUCACAAAACUGGAAAAAAUAAAAAAAGUUGGACAAUUUAAAGUCGUUUAUAAACAGGCUUAUAUAAGUUUGAGAGAAAAAAACACAGUUGAUGUGAAGUACAUAAACCCCAUAAUAGAUGCAGGUACAGUGUCAUCCUGUAGGAAACCCUGUUUUCUACUGAUAAUUUUUGAGAGUCAUUUUGAGAGAAAAAUGACCCAUUUAUAAUUUUAUCAGUUUUAACAUGUGGGUUUGUUUGUGUGCCGCAGUCUCUCCUGGUUGCCCAGCAGCUGGCCAACGCAGUAGGCGGCGUGAUGUCCGGGGCAGCGCCAGGCAUGAACCAGCCCAUCCUCAUCCCCUUCAAUGCAGGAGGACACCUUGGAGGGCAGCAGGGCCUCGUCCUCUCCCUGCCAACAGCCAACAUCCAGAGUCUGGUGGCUGCUGCUGCCGCAGGGGGCAUCAUGACGCUCCCUCUCCAGAACCUGCAAGGUAAGAAAGAGAAAAGCAGCUGAAAGAGCUUGUUCCUACGACAGAUCUGUUUCAGGGCGGUAUUUUAGGAAAAGGGCAGAAUAUGUUUCAGGGAAAUGGGUUCACAUUCUGAAAAAAUCUUCAGCUGGCUUGUGUUAAAGAUAUCGAAGGUUUUUCUGUUUUACAUAUUAUACAUGAUUCUUAAAACAUGAGACACCCGUAUGUAAACAUCCCUUUCAUGACACGGAACACUUUGUUUUUCUCUGAUGAAAAUGCUUUACCAAGCUUCUGACCAGGUAAGAAUCCUUCAGGGGUUUGUAUCCCAAAAAGCCCCCAUCCUCAACUUGCCCAGAGGAACCGCCGUAUUAAUUACAGGUCAACGUUUUGCAGUGCAGCGCAAAAGCACUUUAUGCCUCUUUCCUGUGUAUAAGAGUGCACUGUACUUCACUUUUUUAUCUCUUUCCACCUCAUCUGUCCAUCCACAUGGCUGUACUUAUCCUUGCCUUUUAAACUUUAAUGCCCAAGUGUUCUCUUUUGAUCAUAGUUGUAAAUGGUUUUCAUUUUAAUGUUUAAAACAUUGUCUCUUUUAUACCAUUAGAUUGAAGGAUGGAUGGGGAAACCGUCAGUCAUAAAUCUUGGAUGAGAGAGCAGCACUAAUGUAAAAAGAUGCCAGGCUACAUGUAAAGCAGUGUGUUUUUAGGAUGGAGAUUACAAUAAUGCCCGUGCAGCACAAAGUGCAGGGAAGGCUCCGUUCGUGUGGGAAAAUGGAUGGACAGAUGCCCUGAGUGAGGAAAUGUGGAGGUAGAAGCCUAAUGGACACAAACAUGCAUAAAUAACAGCAGCCAUCGCUGUGGGCAGAGCUUUUAAUAAACCCGCAUCUAUCCAGUCAGCUCUUCAAUGUAUCCAUCAGUAGUGGACGAUAAUGGGCCCAGCAGGCCCGAGUGACUCACACUUCAACAGACCUUCCUCCUAGUACAGAAGGAUGGACCCAGAGGCCUCAGUGUUUCGAUGAACUGAUCAACAAACUUAUUGUCAGGAUGUCAGAACGCCAACACAAACACCUUUCAGUCGGCCUCAUUUUUCCCUGCCGAACAAACCGACAGACAUUCUUGAAUUCAACUUCCUGAUAAAAUCCUCCAUCCAGAGGAGAUAGCAGAGAAAAACUGUAGUGUAGAAAUGCCUCUGUGGCAGAUCUUUUUUUAAGUGUGUGGACUGACAGACUGCCUGUUCGCACGUCCUCUUAUCUGAAGGGGAUGCAUUGAAGGGACCUCCGUGGAGAGAAAGUGACACAAGUCACGAGUGAAGCUAAAUGUCUUGACUGUGUCCAGGGCCCUCUGGCCACGCGACGCUCCUCCACUCUCCCCUGUCUGAGUUCAUCACAGCUCUACUGAAUGAGGCCUGCUGGCACAGCACCUCUGUCAGACAACUGCAGCUCUAGCCUCUGCCCCCACGUCCCCCUCGCGUCCCCUCCCAGCCCCUGCGGGUUCCCAGGCCUGAUUAAUCACAGAUAUAAUACAGCGCCGCGCUGUCGCCGGGGAGCAGUCAGCUCAUUUCACGACCUCAGGAGCGAGUGUGUUUUACAGCACUCACGCUGCUAGCUAAUUAGCGUCAGAUCAGACACAAGACAACUGUGAGGCACAGUAAUGAGACUCCAGGAGGAGCCUAGCCAAUAGCUGUAUUUAAACGUAAUGAGGCGGCUAAUGACCAUCUAAUAAGGCUGUUUGUCUUGGGGACUGGGGGGCUGAGGGUGGAGGAAUUGUAUUCUUCACAUGAGAAACGGCCAACAUGUAGUCUUACAGUCAUGGUGGUGUAAAACUGCAAUGUUUAACAAGACAUUUGAUCAAGUUUGGGCUUUUUUACUCCAUGUUGCCCUUGCGUUUUAAUGAGGGAAAUUAAAUGAAGAGGCAAAAAUGAGAACAAACAGAAACAACAGUAUCUUUGAUCCCGUGUUUUGAUCAUGCUAAUCAAAGCUCGCUCUAUGAGAACGAAUGCUGCUGCUGAGCUGUGGAGGGUAGCUCUCUCAGACUGUGAUGAAUAACUAUCACUGUAAUGGGGUUGUGCUAUAAAGUUGGAGCGGUUGCUUAAAUAAAACUGAGCAGCAUCUUGUGGCAGACUCAGUAAACACAAGCAGCAGUGUAACUGGUUAUUUGUCAGAAUGAUUUAUGCCCGCGAACAUGCAGUAAAAACAAAUUCCCAAUGAAACUAAACAAGGGAGAAAGUUAUCUUUUGUGACAGAGUGCACACAAUUCUAGCUGACUUCACAGAGGCAAAAAAGUAGGUUGGGUCAUGCUAGAGGUCUGUAAAUAUGACGGUUCAUAGGAAUAAAAAAACAUCAUAUGUGAAUUUCUCAGUGUUAAAUGUAAGACCGUAGAAAGCCUCUGCAGUUUUCUGUUGUCAGAAUUGAUGCUAACUUUCUGCUGCAUUUUUAAUAGGUUUAGAUUUCUCAUGAUUUUAUAACAAGCAAAGCAUGAUUACCAUACUUGUAAAACUAGUUGUAUCAAAGCACUGUACAUGUAAUGCCCAAUGGGAGGAAGUAGAACAAAGUCUCGUCUGUCUACUCCUCUUCUCUAUGACUCACUCAAAGGUAAUGCAAGAAGCUAGUUUACUGGAGCUCUUUCAUAUUAAUAAGCACAUCCCAUCUUAUUUGCUCUCAGCAGAAAGGCAGGCAGCGCAUCACAUCAGAGGAGCGAGUUCUAAUGGCGAGGUGCGAGCAUUGUUCCUCUGUACUCGUCCGCAGGAAACACAAAACAGCACUCAAGCUCCCUGAUAAAGGUCGACAUCCCACUCACCUGCGGUAAUGAGACCCGGUGUCAACGCCAAUCAAAGGCGCGUCUGCCGUUUUGAUGAAAACGCUCUGCGGUGUCGUUCGCAGGUUGCCGUUGCUGGCGCGAUACAAAUUAGGGAAAUCACUCUGCUCAUUACAGCACCAAAGGGUGGGCUCCUGGGGGAAGAGCCAAAUGUUUCCACACUAGUUAGACAUGUCAGACUGCAUCUCUUCUGCCUCAGCUGACUGCUGCUCCUUUAAGAGGUUAGAUCACCGGGCCGGGCCACUGACUUAACCUCUGUCUGCUGUGGGAAUGCCUCUGUGUCCCUUUACCCCGUUAUAUUAGCAGAGCUGGAGAAUUUCAAACACCCUUUAUGGACUUGUUAGAACCACACUGGUUGCUCAUUGUGGGUUUUUUUCCUCUCGGGUGUAUAUUUGGGGAAUCAUUCAGGGAUAAGAAAAGAAAUGAGCCGCCGUUGUUGUAGCAGAGGAGUACAUUAAAAAGGGACCUGGUGCGAGCAGACCACAUUUCCUCACAUCAACAUCUGCCAUCUUAACACAAUAGAGGCCAGGCCCAUCCCUUCUCCCUCAUCGCUGUUUAAUUUGAGGUGUUCUCAAGCAGUAUGUAUUCCACGUCGUCCUUUAAUGAUUUAACUUUGCUGUGGUUGUAGGAUGACUCGCAGGGGAGAGAGCUGCAUUAAAUAAAUAACAGUGAUAAAAUGUAGACCUCAUACAUUUCAAAGCUAAUGCAACUAGCGGUGCAAUAGGAGCAGCUGCACACAGUCCUGGAGCGGUAAUUUGAUUGAUUUGUUGUGACAGCAGCCAAAUAAUUGAGAGUGAGAGGUGCUGGCGGAGAUGAAGCGCAGGCAGAGGCAGGUUUUCGCCAGGCAGUCCCAGCAGAUAUGGCACCCGGGUUCUCAUCUCUGCCAUUGAUAUCUGCCAGUGGUUUAUUGUUUGUCUUCAAUAAGCAGCUUGGAAAUGCGCAGGGUUACCGCCUUUGUGACAGUUUUGGCGGCAGAAGAGAAGGGGGAAAAAAUCACCAAUCAGAAUGUACAGAGGAGUGAUGGGAGGGUGGGAAUCAAACAUAUGAAUUUACACUCAGGAUGAUGCGCUGGUUGACUGUACAUCCACAAAUGAACACACAAGCCUCUCCCGAGAGACUCAUGAUUUAUACUCUGAUGUCUUUUUUGAAGCAGGGAUGUAAGUAAAUUUGCCCCCCUGGCAUUUCACUUGUUGCAGAUUUGCUCUGAAUUCAAGAGACACGUUUUCAUAAUUGUGCCAAAGUGAAAACAAUGAUGCACAGUGCAUUUGAAUAUGAAGUAUGAUAUUUUAUUGUCUGUAUCCCAGGAUAUUCUUAAACCUCCUCUCUGUGAGAUACAGUAGAGCUGUUUGUUUUAACCUCCUGGCUCUUGACUUGUGUUUAGUUUCUAUAGAUGGUGGCAGUGUCACUCCGGCUCAGCCAUGCCACAGGACAGGACGCUGCCAGAGCCUGAAAUAGAACGAAAGAAAAGAAAAAGACAGGGGGGAGGGGGGUCAUCUCGUCUUUAUGGUGGUGUGGAGGCGGACAAUAAUAUUGUUAAUCAGAUGUGGCUGCGUCUGCUCCUCCACAGCAAACCCUGACAUCUGCCCUCUCUGGUAAACACCGAGGGAGGCUUUUUGCAAACCUUCUCCCUUUAACACAAGUCAGUCUCUCUACAUUACACUCUGACUGCACUAUGUAUUCAGAGACUGUGAUCCUCUCAUUAAAAUGCAUUCUGUUGUGGAGAUGUAGACGAGGAAGAUUUCUCAGUCAAGUAUCCAAAACUUAACACGACAAAUUUUCAAAUCAGCUUCCACUUACAUGAAAGAUUAAAACAUACAGACAUGUUGCAACUGAAUGCAACUGUCUUCUGUACUAGCGUCAGAGUCUUUAAAGGUACAAACCGUAAAAUUUAUCAGAACAGACUCAGUCGAAAUGAAAGAUAAUAUUUACAUGAAUGUUCAAGUUAGUGUAUAAUCACCUGAACAUGAAUAUGGUUUUGUUUCUAUCAACUAAGAAGCCAUUGAUGUCGACAUAGGAGUGAGUCCCGCCAUCAUGCACCAUCAUGUUUCUACAGUGGCACAGAAGAGACAAACUAGUUACAUGCAUGUUUUUGUGUUUAGUGAGUCCCUGAUAGAUGUUUUCGAUGGUAAAAACUUGAAAAAUAUAGGAUCAUAAUUAUCAUUUAUCACAAAAGCUUCGUGUCCUCAAAGGCCACUGUAGCUUCAUUGAUGGGAAGGAUGAGCAAGGUCUCCAUUGGACCACUAGACAUUAUAUUCCUAUUCCUGUGCUUUUUGGAGGUUAUCCUAAAAAUAUGCUCACAUCAAAGUCCAUUGUACUCUUAUUUUUCCCUACAUCUUUAUGGAUUUUUUUCCCUCUUUAGUUAAAGUCACAAGAAAGUAAUGAAAACAUGACAGUUUGAGAUCAAGAACAUACACUCGGUCAAUCCAAUCAACCAGAUUAAGUCUUUCAUAGAAAAAAAUACAAUAGAAAAAAAUACACAAGUAUUGUCAGUAAGGUCAUAUCUGUCCCAACCUUCCACAAAAUUUUAUUGCAUGUUUUUUUUUUUUUUUCUCGGAGGGACCCUGCAUGUAAUUACACAUACACUUUGAUGGAGUGGCACGAGUGUCUUCUGUAUGUUAUUUGUUCAAAAAAAAACACAAGACAUGUACAUUUUGGGGAUUUUUAAGAAAUACAUUCACCCUCAGGCUGCUUCUAUUCCCUGGUUAGUGAUAUCAAAGUUAUGUAGUCACAUGGUUUCUUUUCCUAUGAACUGCUGUCCUUGAAGCCUUUUAAGUUCUAGUUUUAGUAAAGAGCCCACUGAGCAUUUUUUGGUCCAAAAGAGGUCCAGUAGACGUCUAAAUGUAGCCUAGACGACUGGUCUAAAAUCAGGCUACUACAGGUCUAAAAAUGAAAGUUUUUUACACAUCUAAAUUUAGACCAAGUCUAAAUCUUGGCUAUACUACACUGUAUACUGCUCUCCAGCUAUCAUAACUAUUUUGGUUAAGUACUUGGAGAUCCGUUAUGCAACUCAGAGUUGCUUUUUUAAAUAAAUAGUUAUCGAACAAUGGGUUAAAGUGCAACGUCUAAAUUCUGUCUAAAAAUAUACAGGAUCUGGCCGUUUGAAAUUAGGGCUAAAAAAAAAAAACUAGAUGUCUAAUAGCCAUAUAUUGCUCAGUGGGAGGACAAUAAGGACAAUAUACUGUGAAUGUUAAACAAGAUGGACACAAACAGAAAGACAAUGGCGACCUACAUGUAUGUUAUUUUAAAUUCCCUCAAAAUGUCUUUGGACUACAUUCAUAUUAAAGAGACAAAUGCUAAUUGAAUAUGGCAAGCAUGUCUUAAUAUGCUCGGUCCUCUUUAAUAAUGUCUAAUUUUGUUGCACACAUUGAUUGAAUAACCUCAGCAAUUAUGCACAGUCGAUCAAGUUCAUAUUUCAUACUCAGAUAAUCAGCCUCUUGUUCCUGUUGAGUAGAUCAGUCGAUCACAACUCCGAGAGACUUCUGGGCUGAUAUAAAUCACAAUACAUAAUAGCCUGUUGUUUUCAUGAUAUUCCCACACUUGUAAAAUGCUCGCAGUAAAAGCCUUGACCACUUGGCCCUGGAGUUGUUUUGUGGAAAUUACAUCUCACUUUUUUCCUCCACACUGUUUCCGAAAGACUUGCUAAAGGUCUGCCAUAAUGCUGAGGCGCCAUCCAGAAGCUUUCAGCAACAAUCUGUAGUCAAGCAUUUUAAAUGAAAAUUGAUUUGUGAUUUACAUGGUCAGUGAGGGGAAAAUGAACUUAUGAAAUGUUGUAAAUGAAAUAUUAGACAAGGUGCAGUGGGAGAGAGCACACAGAAGAUGGUAAUCUUGUGGAACUGGAAUUCCCGCCUGGUAGAACUGGGUGACAUUUUACAUUUAUCUGUGUUCUGCAUGAGCUGUAAUGUUAAUGGUAAUUUUAUGGGACUGAACCGGAAUGAAAAUGGUGUUAUCACCGAUUGCUUCAAAUGUGGAAUUGUGUAUAGUAGCACAGCUGCAUCCUUUAUUUCCCAUUCCUGGGUAAUGUGAAUUAUUGCGCGGUGUGUUCUCUGAGGUUGAAUGUGUGUAUUCAGCCUGUUUUUAUCUGUCUGUUUAACUCAGAGCACCAUAUAUUGCACACCUUUGCCACAGGAUGAAAUACACAAACUGGUUUAUUCUCAUAUAACUACGAAUGUCACAUUUUGAUAUGAACAUUUCUCACAUGUUUACAGUCACUCUGCUUUUGUUUAUUCUUGGUACGUAAAAGAGGGAUUCAAAUCAGCCAGCAUGAUUUGUUACGGCUCAUUUUUAUGUUCAGAGAGAUAUAAAGAGUAGAGAGUAUAAGGCUUGGUUUUGAUGCAUGCUCGCUUUUAAUAUAACUGUACAGAACAUUAUAAUUUAAACCAACAUAUUCUCAAUAUAGAUCUCUUAUGGACUUAAUAAUACAAGCAAAUCAAUGUAGCAUUACACCCUGAUCAAUACUUCUUACACUCGGACCAGAUGUUCUAAUUUUGAUCGAUACAUUGUGCACUGAAUGUUUCCUGUUCCCUCUCCGGCCCAUGCGCUGCACGUAUGGAUUUUCAUACAACUCGCUCGUCCAUGUUUGAAAGAGAAAAGAAACCAAAAGAAAGAACAAAACAGAGUGAUCCAGCAGCAGCAGCAGCUAGAGGAGGAAGAGGAGAAGCUGUGGGAGUCUGGGAGCCAGCCUGGAUCACACAGAGGUCAUUUUUAAACACGCCUUCUCCAGUUCCCUGAGUGUGAAACCAAAGAGUCCGCGGUCACAUUUGUCAGCAGAUGGUGUGGAACCAAACCCCACAGCAGCGGGGACGUCUUAGCCGCUGCUAAAAGCUAUCUGUGGUUACUAAUUGCUGACCAGGGCCUAAUUACCUUAAUUAAUGGCAAAGGUAUCUGGGGGCCAGAUUUGUGGGGGCUUUUAUCAGUAUCAGUGCAGCUUAAAAGGUCCCAUAGGAGGCCAGAGGAGUGUGUAGGUCCCGUGGGUGCUAUUCCUGGACUAACUGCAGACACAUCACAGAUGGAUCCUGUGGCAUCAGAACAGGGCUGCUUGUUUAGAGAGAGAGAGAGAGAGAGAUAUCUGUUACUUACAUAUCACAAGUUAACCUCACAAACUACAUCCCAUCCUAGAGAGGGAAAUUGUGCUCUUCUUUCCUUUCCUUUCUGGAUGUAUUUUCUACUUUUCUCCCUCAUACACAGGAGCCCAUUUCCUGAAUUACACCGCCGUAAUUCACGAUGACAAAGUAGACUUAGCACCUUUUUCCACAGACCGUGGGGGGUUUUGUUCAGUGAGCUCUCACUGUGAAAUUAGCCCUGGUACUUCUCAUUUUCCAGCUGCAGUGAAAUGGUUAAAAGACACAGAUCAGCCAGUAUGAAAAUAGAACUGAUUCAACAAAAUCUGCUGCUUCCCCCUUUUGCUCGCUCCUCACCCAUCUGGCAAGGAAAAAAAAAAAAACCUCCCCCACUAUUCUUCCACUUUUUUUUUUCCUCCACACCAGCCCAUCCUCACCCCCUCCCCCCAGCCCCGUCAGGCACCUUGUCCGCAUGUGGGGAAGGCUUGUAAGUUUCGGGUGCAUACAUUUCUUUUGAUGAUAUAUUGUCCCGGUGCGGAAUUUCAUUUACUGCUGCUGCCCUUUGCUGAACCUGUUGCUAGUCAGUGAGCACGAUAAGCGUAUAAGUAGCAUGCUACUUCAUUCAUCAUACAUCGUUCUGGGCUCUCAAAUAUCUCAUAUGCGAUUCAGGAAGAAACUACUAAACCGGCACAAAGGAUCCCACCAGGAUCAGCUGAGGUUCCAUUUAACAGUGUGUACAAAACAGAGCACACUGUGUUAUUAUCAAACACACAUUUUCUGGUGUUGCAUCUACAAAACAUUAGCCUGCAUCUCAUGCUGUACAUGUUGUUUAUGUAGCAGAGGGGGGAAAUGUAUCUCAAGUGCAGAGCUGGUGUUGUACAUAAUUCCAUUCACAUUGCACAUUUUUGAAUGCAUGCAUUUUGAAAUCUGUUUUUUCCCUCAAUCAUAGUGGCUGCUCUGUGUUGUAUUAAACAGCAUUAAUAAUCACAAGAGGCUCAGUGUCACUCAGAAGUCUCCACAUCACUAAGGCAGACAGUGUUGUGCUGCUGGGCAUGUUGUGCUGUGUGAAAGUGCUUACACGCUCCCUCAGACAACCAAAGGGAAUAAUUAAAGACAGAAGAUGGAGGCAGAAGAAUGGAAAGCAAAUCCCAUUGUUUGGGCUUAUUUCAUCCCACUGAAUUUCUUUCUCUCACUUUCUUUCGCUCUCUUCUCGCAUUCCUCUCCAAAUGCACUGUGGGUAUGUGGCGCACUAUCAAAAGCAUAUGUUAGCGAAGCAGCGCAGAACAAAAGCCCUAUGAUGUCCUCCUCAUACCCACAUUGUCUUUUGAUUAUUCUACAAUCACUUUAUAUCUGCGUAAGUUGGAAAAGGAAGGGAAGGCUUAAUAAUCCCAUAAUAUUCGAUACUUUAGCUGCUCAGAAACCACAAUGCAAUGCUUAUUCUUGAUUUGUUCUCCUUUUCUCCGAUGAUUUCUUCAAGCCUUCAAUAUCCAAGUUGUUACCAAAAUAAUCCACAAUUAAAUUCAAAUCUAAGGUGAACUAGACUAUUAGAGCAACUCUACUCCACUCCAUUUCUAGAGCAGUAAAUGCAGCCCCUCAAUCUCUCUCUGCUUUUACUGUCAGUCAGAGAGCACUCAGUCAUCUCCGUGCAUCAGGCCCGCAAUAUUGAUUUUUCCACCCACUGAAACAGCCGCAUGAACAUAAAUUUUGCAUGAGGCUUUUACUCGCGGCCUCCGCUUUGGUCUGACGACACAUGAUGGGACCAUGAACACGCUGUAAUAACCCAGUCUGUCCUGCCAGGCAGACAGCCUCUGUGUUUUUUUUUUUUUUUUUCAUACAAGGGCGCGGGGGGUCCAGCACCUUGUGGACUCUGAAGGACAAAAGCAAGAGACCCCUUAUUGAGACCCACAUAAGUACAUCCUUCAUUCCCCCAAAUUUCUAAGCAUUUUAACUUCUGACCAUAAAAAUAAUUUCCAAUAAUGUGUGGAGUUUGAUAGUGAAGGACUUUUUCUCCUGUAAACGUAAAUGUUUCAUUAAAUUGUAACAAAGUGCCAUUUAAUUGAGUUUUGUCCUGAUAAACUAAGUUAAAGGACAUUUAUUGUUUGAGAACUUAACAGAAAACAGAGAAAACAGCAGACCUUUGCCUUAAAGGGCCAUCAUUUGGAUGUUUUUUCUUUAAAUCUGACACUAAACGGCUGAUUUAACCGAUAAAUCUGCAUGAAAAAACACAGGGUAAAAAUAACAUGAGAAAUGAAUUUAUCUAGUCUGUAAACUCUUUGUAUUAAAAAAAUCAUUUAUAUAUUUUCACUCAGGGAGGAGAUUCAGGAAACUAAACUGGGUCUUACUUUCCUUCCGACCCCCUGGAACUCUCCUUAGGCCCCCAAGAAGUCCCUAGACCACACUUUGGAAAUCAAUAAACUAGCGUUAGCAUCACACAAAAGGGCAGCAUUAUCGAGCACACAGGGAUUUUCUUGUAUGUGUAACAUCUCCAUGGAGAGGAUUUGAUUCUUUGAAAUGCUUCCCCCAGAGUGAGAAUUCUACAACACAGCUUGAUAUUGCCUUGCAUCACAAAGUGAAAGCAUUAUCUCUGGAUCCCUACAAGCGAUGUGGUUUACUCUAAAAUCCUGUGGCUCCGCGACUCCGCUCAAAUCUUAACUGCCUAUAUUUAUUUUAUUAUUUUUUUUCUUUCUGGAGUGGCUGAGUUUCUCCUACUGCAGGACUGAGACAGUGAUAUUGCCUGCUGCGGCUCUGAGUAAUGUUUUUAUUCAGUAGCUCACUUGUUCCUUUAACACUUGGUUUUUCUCCAUGUUUAUUCCAGACAUUACAAAGGCAGGGGUCUGUUUUCCAUUCCUUCAACGUGAUUACUGACAGUGGAGCCGCUGGUAAAAGGAAUGUGACACUUAUUGUGUUUGGUUUGUGUUAAGAGAAAAAUGUUUGUUUUUUUCUGCUUUGUCUGUAGACAAUGAAAUCUUGACUUUGUUUUCUUACUAACAUACAGACAGUUGCUGCGCGUGGUUAUAGCUCAUACCAGAGCGGUAUGCAGCCGUGGAAUAUGAUUGAGUACAUUUACACAAAGAGUGCACCAAUCUAUCCAUACUGUGACUUAUUUCCAGCUAUAGAAGACUUCUUUACAUCUCAGAGGGGGAUGGUUCCUUUUCCAGUCCACUGCAUUUCUUUUAAAACUAAUUGUUUUUUUACGUUACAAUUUACACAACUAACACAUUGACUCUGUUGUUGGUUGAACUUCCCAGCAGUAAAUAAAAGAGUGUGACUUGACUGCACCUGGGCCCACACCUGGGCCCACAGUUGUCUGGUCAGUUUCCAUCUCUUUAGUAACUGUCACUUCAAUCACUUAGUGUCAUCCAAAACAAUGCUCUGCUGGCCUUAGUGAUGCCGUUUCUCACUGACAUUAGUCUGAUUUGCUGCACCUCUGUGUUUUGCUUGUGGAUGAUAGUUCAAACUUGAAGUACUAUGGUGAUUUUUAUUUUUGUAUAUAUUUCGAAAACAUAGAUUUGUUCAUCAUUAAAGCUGAGGUUUAGAAAACUGCUUUCAAAGUAAAGGUUUUGGGACACAAAUCGCCGUAACUUAUGCUUGCCAGUUGUUUAUUUAUUUAUUUUUUGUAAUUCACUUUUUAUUGGCUUUCAACAGGAAAAAAAUGAUACAUAUACACCACAACACAAGUCAAACAAAGGCCAAACAGAGCCUUGAUAAAAACAAAAAAAAAAGACAAACAAACGCACAGAGGGAGUCCAACAGAGACAGUAUUACACCAAUAUAAACAUAUGCAUACAAGUGCAGACUGGCGACAGAAGUUAGCCUAAAGGUGCAACCCACCAUUGUAUCAAGAUGCUGUGGUAGAAGAGCCCCAUAUUUUCAUAUGUAAGUCUUCCUUGUCUUGCAACCUAUAACUAAGUCGUUCGUAGGAAGCAAUCUUGGCCAUCUCAUUGAACCAUUCCUUCACCUGUGCAUGGCAGUCGUUUAUGAAUUGUGCAUGCACCAAGAAGGCUGGCCAUCAGUUUGUUCAUAUCUGCUCAGUACCUUUGGGUUUAAUUGCAUAUUUACAGGAAAACCCAGCUUGACUUCAUCAUUUUACUGUACCAAAUGCUCAGUAGAAUCUAACAACCCCAUCAUAUGUAUACUGUAGAUGGAUAAACUGUACCAUAAAGCGAUAUUUUCAACACUUCACAUGUUAAUGGAGCAAAUUUAAUUAACCAAACAUGAACUUUGGAAGCAAAUACCUGAAUUUUAACACAUUUUUUCCUUUCUUUGUGUUUAUUAUUGAAGAUCCCUUUAAGGUUUGGCGGCUUGAUCAUUAAGAGUUACUGCAUGAACACAACAUAACUGACAGUUUUAUCCUUAUUGAAAUUAAUCAAUGGUUGGUUGCCUUGACAAGUGUUUUCAAUGUGACCAAAGGUGAUAAAAGUUAACUGUGAAGUGCAGAAACAGUGAUUUUAUCCACUUCAUUCAAGUACAAGUGCUCCAAUCUAAUCCACAGAGUAAAAAUGACCUUCCUUUGACCACCUUUGUAAUUACAACAUCUCAUAGAGUCUAAAUCUCCUUACCUCCAGUGGAGUAAUUAUCAGUGUGACUCACUGAAAAGGCAAUUGAGACAGUGGUUUAUGGACUCUAUAGUGGAACGUGAGGCAGAGCAGUAAUGGGGAGCUUGUUUGUCCGCGCUCUCUCUCUCUCUCUCUCCUCUUGUUAGAAAACGACAGUUGUGUUUAGAUGAGAGCAGUCCCUAAAAGUCCAAGGUAUGUCACAUUGGAUGAUUUCAUUAACUCCGGACAGGAUCCUCUAAAAGGUCUGAUUAGCUCUUGAUGUACUGCUUUUCUAAAUGAUAUUUAAAGCAUAUAAACCACAGCUCUGUAGAUGACUAAAGAGGGCAUUUCUGCUCUUUAAUUAAACCAUUUAUCUGCACCGAGUCCUCGAGGUGAUUCACUUAUUCCAACUAAGAAAACUACCUCAAUGGCAGGAAACACAGUGUGCACAUCCCCAUAAUCCAACGAUUUACACAAAGCUUGUUUAGAUUUCAUACAGUCUUCUGAAACUCGACACAUUCCUCUCAAGAAAUCUGAUUUUUACUUUUCUUAUUGCCCAGAAAACUUGAAUUGCUUCAGAUUAGAUGAGAUAUCGCCCUUCAUCUGACCGUUUUAAUGCAGUGUGAAAAACACAGUUUGAUACAGUGAAAGACAGUCAAAGUCCUUUUGUGCAGAUGUGAUUAAAGUUACUCUGCUGUCAUUCUUCAUAUUGGUCUUGGCUGGGCCUUUUUCUAAGGGCUGUAAUAUGAUGAACACUGAGUCACAUAAUGCUUUCUUGAUAGCCUGAAUAAAUCAAUAAAGGUUUUGUGAUUGUUAAAUACAUUAGAUUUACAGUUGCAGUUAGUUUGUAGAGAAUCGGUGAGUUAGUGUAGUGUGUGUUUUCGGUUUCAAUGCAAUAAAAGUAAGUGGGAAGAAUAGAUUCAGAAUAGUUUCAAACACCAGUUAGGAAGUAGCUAUACGAUCUAUUUCACUGUAAUGAUUGCAGGCUUUAUAAGGUUUUAGACUCUUAUUGCUUUGCAAAACGCUCAGACAGCUAUUUCCUCUAUUCAAGAAAAUAUGUUAUAAAACUUUCAGCCAAUUCCUAUGCUUAUAACUGUCUGCUGAGCUGUGAUUAUGUACUUCAAGUUCUGCAAACAGUGCUGGGACAAUGGUGACUUUAAUCAUGCCAAGCAAGUUUUUCUUCAUCAAGUGUCCUGUUGUAGAAAGUUCGAUGUUGAAACACGAGGAACUAAUAUGGGGACUGAUAUUUUGAAAUUUUGGGUAGAAAUGAAAAUAGAUGUUUCCCUCGUGGAUUGUGUCGUAUUAUCUUCAUUAAAUGGCUGUUCUCUAAGGUAAUUAAUGAGUCAGUCUAUGUCAGAUAAUUUUGUGUUAUCAAAUAAGACUGUCAGGGAAUCAAAGUUUCACUCCCUAAUAUACAUAAAAAUUCAGUAACACUUUACUUGUUGUCUCUCUCUAUAACGCAUUAUAAAUAUAUGUAUAAUGUGUUAUAAUCACAUUAUAGCACUGUAUAACUAUAGUUAUAAACACAUAAAUGAUAAUAAUGCUUUAUAGCAAUAAUCAUAACACAUUAUAAAGUAUUUUAUCAUGAUUUACAAGGUCAGGUGUUAUAAUGUGUUAUUCUUAUUGUUAUAAAGCCUUCUGAUAAUGAGUGUUUAUAAUGAUAGUUAUACAAGUUUAUAAGCAAAUUAUAACACAUCAUAGAUAUAUGUAUAAUGCAUUAUCUAUAUGGGCAUUGUCGGUGAGUUGUUAACAGUUAUAACACAUUAUAAUACCUGACCUUGUAAGUCAUGAUAAAAUGCUUUAUAAUGUGUUAUUAUUAUCGCUAUAAAGCAUUAUGAUCAUUUAUGAGUGUUUAUAACUAUAGUUAUACAGUGCUAUAACAUGAUUAUAACACGUUAAUAAAUUUAUAAUGCAUUAUAGAGAUGGGCGUCAUAUAAAGUGUUACUAAAAGUUCCAUGGUGAAACAUGAGGAACCCUAAUGGUGACCAAUGUUUUGAAUUUUUGAGAAGAAAUGAAAAUAGAUGUUUCCCUUGUGGAUUGUGUAGUAUUAUCUUCAUUUAAAGGUAAUUAGAGAAAUAAUCUAUGUCAGAUAAUUUUGCAUUAUCAAAUAAGACUGUCAGGGAAUCAAAGUUUUAAUCACUCUUAUACAUAAAAAUUCAUUUAGCCUGGUGAUAUCAGUCAACUAAUUUAUCUGUUGAGUUAAAGAAAAAAACUGUAAACACACUAAAAUGACUGCAUUUUCCUUAAAUGCAGCUUUAGUUGCAACGUUAAAAGAACCUGGAAGUAAAAGUAAGAAUUUGGCUUCAGCCCUGACUUCACUUGUGCACAAACACACAAAAACACACACACACACAAAUGAUACAUAAGAUAACACAUAGGGAACAGUUGUAAACCUAGCUGUUGUGCAUCAAGAGGAAAACAAGGAGUCAAGCUCAAAUCAGCCUCAGAGAGAAAAGUACCGUAAUAGGAGGGUUGGCAGUGACUACUGAGAUAGCGCUGGUAAUGAGAGAGCUGGCUGCUUCUCCUCUCCCCCCCCGCUUCACUCCUGAACUGCACAGGAAACAAAAAUAGCAUUUUGUCUGACGAAUGAGUCGGCUUUGACCUAGCCUUUCGACCUCUGACAAUCAGUCUCGCUCCGUCCUCCAGUACUUCAGAAGCCAGGGCUGGGACAGUCAAAGAUAACAGUUGAUUUCUUCUGUGGCACUAAAGUAAAAAUGCUCUAAGAGAGAGAUGGCAGACAGUUCUUCAAAGCCCUGAGGUUGGAGGCCUACGUCUACUUCUCCGUACUGGUGUUUCAAACUCCCACAUGGUUGUACUUAACUGUUUAAAUGGAGCACAAAAUGCGAGCGCUCGGUUUGUAUCAGGUCAUUUAGCCUGCAUGACUCUCAUCUAUGAUCAGGCUCAGCUCUCAUUACAAACAUUAACAUAGGCGAGUUGUGACAGCAGAGAAAGUGGGACCCAUGCUCUUCUUCCACCCCUUAGGCGUCAUGACUAAGUGGGAGCGCUGCUUGCUUCUUGUUCAUAGAACCAGUGAAUAUGAAACACAACAAAGAGACAGAGGGAGAUAUAAUGAGCACUGUAGGAUCUCGGCACCCUUUUGCCCUCUCUCCAUCAUAAGUGAAGCUCCCGCUCUCAUCCUCAGCCUUGAGUCUGCUGGAGGAAGGAGCACAAACAAUUAGCUGAGACAAGCCGUUUGGAUUAUGUGCUCAACCAAAGCAAUCAGACAGCUGUGGUUAAAAGAAUGAGCUUCAAAAUGCCAGUUGGCCCGUUAGAGGGGAAGGGAGGGUCAGUGGUCCUGACAGUCUUAACAAGAUGACAGAAUUUAUAAAGCACUGCUGUUAAAGAAUAUAGUACCUGCGGUGUAGCCCUUAUAAUAAGGCCACAUGGGGCUUCUUCCAUAUUCCCUCUGUAUUUGUUUUCUUUGCCUCAUAUUUUUUGUUGUACCUCUUGUUCCUCGGCGUAAUGGUCGGCGCUGGAGGAAAUUCUCCGAUCCUCUUUGAUCUUCGCCCAGUUUCGAUAAUUUUUUGACAGAAAUCUCAUUUUACUCCCCUUUUGUUUUCUCCGUCUUUGUUCCCUUUUACUCCGUCUUUAAAUAGGGCUCAACAUUUUGUCGUUGUGAAAGUUGCAAAGGAAAAGAGCGGGUCCUGUCAGGGGCUCAGAGCUCGCCAAGACAACUUGCCCCAACAUUUCAAGUGAGGAUUGGACUCUCGCCGUUUGCACAGAUGAUAUAUAAUUCAUGGUGGGGGUGUGAGAGAGGUGUCAAUGUGUCAGGAGGUAGAAGAAAUCUAAAAAGUGCACUGUUUACUGGCCGAGAGACGCCGGCUUUCUUAUGCGGCUCUUCUGCAGGGAGAGGAAAGAGGAGGAUGAUCUGAUCUUCAUCAAAUGUUCAUCUGUGCCCGUCCUGCAGUGGUAGUGACCGCACUAAUCAAAGGCUUGUCUGCCCUGAUGUUUUAUUCAUCUUUUAUGAGGCAACCAUACGUAAAUUAUUUAAGUGCAUUGAUUCUGUAUGUAUACAAGCUUGUCUACGCCUGUGUCUAUGAUUGUUCUGCCGCAUUAUCAAAAGAUAAUCACAAUCGCUCUUUUCACCCGCUGUUUGGUUAUUCACUCCUUUGUUUGGGGCUGUUUGAAUAUUAAACUGUGUCGACGUUUUCUCUCGUUCUAGAAAUGUAAGCUAGAAGAAACAGAUCUUUAAGUUUAUAAACACAGUACACACUAUCUGUUUUUUAUGGAGCCAGUAAAGUCUUUAAAAAGUGAAAUAUUUUAUCUUGCGUGCAAAAAAAUAUUGUCUUGUUCACGCUAGUUGUAAAUCUGUGCAGAGAGUAAACUCGUGAACACAAGUUGUCAUCGGCAUAAAGAAAAGGCAUGACACUUUGAAGACCCUUCGAGAUCAUAAUAAGACCUUUAAGAUAUCUUGUGCAUGCAAGAUAAUAAUUUGGUCUGCACAAGAUAUCUUCUGUAACUAAGAUUUGAACUUAUUCCACCAAGAUAUUUAUAUAGAAUACAAAAGAUAAGGACUUUUGUUCUUGUAAAAUAUUCAUUUCAUGCACACAUGAUAUAAAAUUCUGUGCAAAAGGUUUUACAUUUUGUGCACAAGGAAAAAAAAACUUGCUUCUAGAAGAUAUUUUUAUACGAGAUAAAACUGUAAUUUUAUUUCCACUAAAUCUACAUUAUUUGAGCCCAAGAUUCUUCCUUGUUCCCUUAAGGACAAUAACUUGUGCAAACAAGAUUAUCACAUUGUGUACACAAGUUUGUAUCAUGUUUGAAUCCACAGAAUUAUAUUGGAUCAGCUUUUUGUUCUUACGUCAUUUUGUGUCAUUACAGAGUCAACAGCAGCUCACUCCUAUGUCCAUUUAUCAGAGAAGCAUAUAUUUGAAAACUAAGAGUAGACAACCUUUAGCAUUUAGCACGUUCAGUAUAUUAAGUCUAUUUGCCCCUUUUCUUUACACUAUAAAGGUUAGCUUUGAUGUUUUCCUUUAUUUAUUAUUUGUUGUCUGUAUAAGGGAUUGUUUUUCUUCUCUCAUUCAAUACAAAUCUAAGUAUCAAUUGAUGGAGAAUACAGCUAAUUCUAUACAUUUUUUUAGUGGUCUUCGGUACAAAACAGCCUCAACAUCAUGUUUCAGGUGGACAUUCUGAGUCCAUUUAAGUAUUUGGGCCCUACUUUUCCCUCAGUCCUCCUCAGAGUGUUAACUUUUUAAAAGCAUAAAAAUUUAUAAGCAUUAAAAUGUUGAAAUUAGGAUCUAAUGGUGCUCCAUUAUUGGAUCCAAUUAGUUAAUGGGUUUAUUUCUGAGGUCUUCCAGUGAAGAUGGAUGUCUCUUUCCUGUGAGAUUUUAAGCCAUUAAACCAAAGAUUCUGACAUUCUCCAAUUGACAAUGAAGACUUUUGGCUCCGGAGAGAGCAAUUAUAUCAGUCAGGCUUGAUAGCUUUGUCCUCCAACCAGCUGAAAUUAAAUUCUCCAUCAUGCAGGCUAAAGACCCUGAAGGCCCUUCUUGUGGCUCUAUGCUAUUUACAUGUCUCUCACUAUACAGGCUUUGCAUCUCACACCGCCACACAUGUUUGUAUGUUUUUAUCUAAGGUGUGAGCAUAUUCCUCAAAUAAUGGCUACCUUUUCAUGUGCUCAAAUACACGAUGUCAGUUCUCGACUCAUUUGUGUUUGACGCAUCUACACGGAGGAUUAAGGUUCCCAAGCCUAACAACUUUGCUGUCCUUUCAUCAACAGCUACCUCAUCCCUGAACUCCCAGCUCCAACACCUGCAGCAGCUCCAACAGAUGCAGCAGCACCACCAGCAGCAGCAGCAACAGCAACAUCAGCAGCAACAGCAGCAGCAACACCACCAUCAUCACCAACAGACACACCCCCAUGUCCAGAACCAGCUGCCGCCCCAGCAUCACAUAACCCCGCCCAACCAGCAGCAGACAUCCGUCCCGUCUCCCGGUUCGGCCUGCUCCUCCACCUCUGGACAGCCACAGCAGUCCCCGCCACACCGGCAGAACCAGUCUCCUGCCCGAAGCUUACCUUCGCCAGUCACGCCGCCCAUGCCACUGCCGGUGAGUCUCAUCACGCUCAAAAACCUAAGGAUCCAGAUUAUGACAGUCAAACUAGCAGUAUUUUGAUCAAAGAAGUAGGGCUGGGCAAUAUGGCCUCAAAUCACUAUCAGGAUAUAUUGAGCAGUUCACCUCGAUAACGAUAAAUGGAUGAUAACUACUCCACAAGCUGCUCACCCCCUCCCACAUUAACUUCGUCUACUUCAACUUUUGAACCGUCCUCCAUCUCCUCAACUGUCUCACCCUCUUUGUUACAGACUGGAUGGGGUGGAGUCAUGUCUCUGACGUAGGACAGCCUCUUAAAAAGACAUGAGUCCAUAGCCUACCUACACACAUCCAAAACCAACUUGUAUUUAUUUAUUAAUUUGACAUUGAAUAUACUGACAUGGGCAAAAUGACGUCGGUUAUUGUCAUAAAUUUCAGUAUCGGUAAAUUUUCAGUUUAUCGCCCAGCCCUACUAAGAAGGAUGAACGUUUUGGAUUUUAAAGUUUUAUUUUAUGAUGAAUGCAAAAUAUGUGUGGUAAAAAAUUCAUAUAAUAUUUCCAUGUCUUGCAACCAUGCGUAAAAUUCAUAGAUCUGACUGUGCUGCUGCAUGAGAUGCUUUCUAUCAUCUGUGCUUGUUUACAUCUGGGUAGUAGAGUAUUAUCAUCUAAUCCUGCAAAUCCUCAAUUCAAGCUAAAGUAUAUCUUCAUUCAAUUAAGUAUCUUUCACUAUUUUAAUAUGAAAUGAACAGACUUAAGAUUUUUCUUCUGGGUUUUUUCUAUUAACUACUUUUAACCAAGACAGGGUUUUCAUAAUCCAAACAGUGAUGCCAAAGACAUACAUACCUCUACUUUUAGCUCAAUCUUCAGGUUUUUCACGGACACUAGUUAAAAUGAAUAAACCUCAGAAAACUUUCUCUUAUUGACCUCUAUAUUCCUCUGAUGUAACACAGCAUUAGACAGACUUUAUUAUACGCAUCGUUCCUUUAACUCUGCUCUCAAAAAAAUGAAUUGUGUCCAACUCUGACUUGUUUCAUUCAUGACGGGGUGACAUUAGCAACACAUCAUUGAGAAGACUUUUAGAUGCAAACACAAAGCUCAAUCUUCUUCAAGUGGAAGUAUUUGAAUAAAGGCCUGCAGCUCUUCUGUCCGCGCGGAGAUAUUAGAAUAAGCAUCUUGCGGCUGAAACACAUCAAACCUCACAAACUUACAACCACACCAAAGGAAGCAUGCAUCAAGUUAGCUUAUCUAACCUUGAGCUUUCCCACCUGCUAUCAGUCCCUCAAUCUUCGCUGCUCUUCUUACUCAACCUCCUUUUUAGUCACUUUGUCCGUCCAUCCAUCUCCGCCCUUCUGUCCGUCUGGCUGUCACUGUGUGACGAUAAUAACCUAUUUUAUAUCCCUGUGGUUUCAUUUCUGGUGGAGACCGGCCAGGGUCGCCUUCCUGUCCCCGGUCACAUUCAUCAGCGUCAGACCCUUAUUGGGUUGUGGUGCAACCUUCUUUAUGGCCAGGAUGAGUUGGGCUAUUUGUUUCCCCCCUUGCAGCCCUCUCCGGCCCUGUCACGGCCUAGUGAGACUCAGCAGGAAAAACAGCCUCUGGAUUUAAUGGGCUCCAAGGGCUAGCCGCUACAUCGCACCAAACACUCUGUCCAGUCUGACUGUGGAUACAAGAGCUACUGACCAGCAAACAGAUCCACACAUUAGGCUUGCAUCAGGCAACUUACUGAGAACUUGGACGGCAGUACGACACGAUGCUGCUGUAAGUGUGCUUUGCUGGAAGCAGCUGCUUUGUUAGUCUGUGGAUAUGUUUCUCUGAGACGCACAAGGACAGCAGAGCAGGGUUAUUCGAGAACAAGCUCCCUGCUCGGACUCGACUGAGACCCUUAGCUUUAUAGUGAUUGUCUUCCUCUAAAAGAAGGAGCAGGGCUGAUUAUGAUGACUGAGGACAGACCUCCCUUGAGGGGGGCCAAAGGGGGCCACAUCAGGUAUCAUUAAGAUAUUGCCUCAUCAAAUAGGAUUAUGGAGCGUGUGUUUUUGUGUGUGCUUUGUGUGUGUGAGAGAGGCAGAAUGGCCGUAAAAGGUUUAGUUUCUCUGGGUCAGUGCUGGUGUUUUUAAAGAGCGUGUCACCCAGCGAGGGGCUCUCCCAAGGACAGGCCGCAGCCUCAGCACCCACUCAAGGCUGCAAUAGGAUUUAAAGAGCAGCUCCGCCUCUCCCCGCAGCCCGGGUCAGUGAUUGGAUUUUCAGCGCCACACUCGCUGAGCAACUCAGGGGUUAAUUCACAUAAGUUUUUAAGUCGGGGAGACUCCUGAGCCGAGAAUUUCACUCAGAUACACACAAAGCACCAUCGCCCUGAUCGGCCUUUUGUCUGCUUUAAUUGAAGACACAAAAGGGCAUUUUUGGCGUCUCACCCACAGGAGCCGCUCUGUGCGGGAAAAGUCAAGUCAUAAUUACCAUAAUACAAUCAGCAUUACGCAGAUAACACCCUUAUUUCCUCCUGUCAUUAUUGAGACACGCAGAAUCACCCAGCCAUUCAGCUAUUUGCUGAAAACACCGAGCGGAGCUGUAGAGACAAACACUCAUUAUGUUCCAAUUAAUGUCCCAUUGUAAUUCUCCUCUCGUGGGAGGUGCUGUGAUAUUCUUCGAGAGAAAAUCCUCAGCAUUCAUUACAUCCCCAGUGUUUUUGUGUUUUGGUGCUUUUAAUUUGGUAGACAAAAUUCAUUAAUGGGCUCAUUAAUAUCCAGAUUAAAAUACAAAGCACACCCCAGCACACUAUGUCCCCCCUUGAGUCAAUGGUCUGAACUCAGAUAGCUGUAGCUAAUGUGCUUAAAUAGAGUGAGUUUACCUUUCCACCCCGCCCACAUCCUCUCUGCUCCCUAACACGCGCAGUACAGUGAGAUGUGGCCUCUGGCUGCCUGAAAUAGCCACCACAGUGAUGACAAAUAGACGGAGGGAGAUUAUAAAAUUUGCUUAAGUGUGUUAAUGGGCUGAUUGCAGGAGCCCGCUUGGAUUUUGCUGGAAGUUGAUUGAUUAGAGCUGCGGGUUUUCUCCACGCCCGGAGAGCUCAGGGAUUUGACGGGGUAAAGGCGCUCGCCAAGUCUGUUACACCGGAAUUGAUCUUAAUUAGAUCUGAAAGACCUGCCACAGCAGAAUGGUCGCGGCGAUUAAAAUGAAAAACAGGAGAAAUUACUGAUCAAAUUAAUCAUAAUGUCGGGCUACAGCUGUAGGUCUGGUGUAAUUUGCCACUCCAGUGAGUUACAUCAGCCCAGGCAGGGAGAGGAGAGGCAGCACAUACUGAUCCGUGGCAGAGGGAAGCUUAGGCCAGCCUAUCAACACUCUUAUUCCAGAUUGUCGUGCCCCAGAACCCCCCUGUCCCAGCUGCGCCACCCAGCGGAGCCCCCUCACCUCUCCCUCUGUGAUUCUUCGAGCUAAUUAAUCACUUCAUCCCCUUAUUUUUACUCGUUCCUCUCACAUCAUGUCUUUCUCCAUCCAGAGCUGCAUCCUCAACAAUACCGCCCUGCCUCUCCGCUGUUCUUGUCACGGCUGUCUUGUCACCAGCAUGUUGUGUGUAAGCUAAUAGCCUCUGACCUUGGUCCAGUGUCUGGCUGGCUGGCUGGUUUUCAGGGGGUCUGGCGGAGACGGAGGCGUCCUGUCUUCCUCCUCAGCCAGACUCCUGCCGUCUGUCUGUGUGUCUGUCUCUACUCCCCCUCUGCAGUCGUCUCCUUGAUCGCUGUCAGAGCCCCACACUGGGCCUGUCCACUCUCCAUCCGCACACUCAUAGGGGUAAUUACAGCCUAGGGGCCUGCCUCCUAUCCCCGUGCUCCACAAUUUACCACCAAAGCGUCCACAGACAUCUCUCUUCUUCCCCACUGCACCCCGACAUCACAGGACCGCAGGGCCUCAGACCCACAAGUGCUGCAAUUACCUGAGCCUCUCCUCUAUCCUUUUCUCUCUCUCUCUCUUCUCACUCUCUGACUCCCCCCCCACACCCCCAUUGCUCCCCUCUCUCCCCCUUGGCUCCCUCACUAUUCCCCGGCAAUCAGCCUUCAUUAGAAGCCUCUGGUGAAAACCCAUCGUCACCAAGGUCAGCGGCUGCCAACCACAACGGCCUUUCAGAGGCCUGGCUGUCUGCACUCUCCAUCUCUCCUCACCUCCUUGCUGUUCUUCCCUCUUCCUCCUCCUCCUCCUCCUUCUCCUCCCCCUCCUAUUCGCUCCACCAUCCUCCUCAAGUCUCGGGUCCAUCUCUGCUGCUUUUGUCUCCAGCUGAGGCCCCUUCAGACACUCAUGUCACUGUUUUCCGCUGCAGUGCACUUUUACUUAUGUCAGCCGCUGUUAAAAUCACCACUGUCCAAUUUGCUCCAAAUGUCUCUCUUUUUUUAUGGGCGGUGGGCGUCUCUCCCAUUAUAUUAACAUGUGUAUGAAAUGAGCCUUGCACAUCGAUUAAUUGAUUUUCCAGAUCAGCCCCACGUCUAUUCAAUUUAGCAAAACGGGCUGCUGCCAUUCAGCGGGGUAUUAAAUCAAAAUUAAAAUGACAUGCUCAAAUGUAGAGCCAAUGGCUCAUACCGGGGCUUGUCGAUGGAACCGGCAACACUUAAGUUGAGGAUAGAGUCCAUUAUAUCUAACACAUCUCAUAAGUCAGCUGUGGUGUCUGUGGAUCAGAGGAAGAUCCCAAGGUUUGUGUUAAGAAAAUGGUUGGAAAGGUUUUGUUUUCGUUUGAUCUGACAGUAGACUGCCACAAUUUGCCGGUAUUGAAGAUAGCCGUCUUUCAACAAAAAUGAAAAUAUAGAUAGUGCACUAGAAAUAAGUAUAAGGUAAUACUGCAUUACUACUGUUUUACAAAUGUAUUCAGGGAGGGUCUGUAGUGGCUUAUUCCACUGAUUUCUAAUGGAGAGAAGACAAAAAGAAGCAGCCAGCUAGUUAGAUGUGGGAACUCUCCCAAAGAUGGUCAGAUCCUCUAAAAAAAUGAUGUUUCAAGAGCCUGUGCUUCUUCAGAUGGGGCUUAUACAAUAAGUAUAUAAACUUUCAAGCCAUUUUCAGCUGCUUUUAGUCAGGUCCAUAUCUUGUGAUCUACCAGACGUAGCAUGCAUGUCAUUUCAAAAUAAAAGCAUGUUUUACAAUACAGAAAAGAAAGCAAACACAAGGACAUAAUAAAAAAAAAAAUAGAGAGAAGAUUGUUUUAUGAUUCAGUCUGUUCUCUCAAGGUUAUCACAUCAGGUUACACUUGUUUCCCCCUCAGUGGGUGGCUUCUACUGCAGCGCAAAUGAUGUCCGAGGAGAUGACUGAUGAAAAGUGAAGUAAUCCAACUCCACCUAAAAAAAUGUCAUCGUGAGAUUUGGGUAGUUUUGGAUUUCUAAGGUAAAGCUGGUGUGUAAUGUGUGUUGCAGAAUCGCAGGCAUAGGAGGACAGUGGGUUUUCUUUUAAUUAGAAGUUUUCCAUCAUAAUACUAAAAAACAGAACUUUGAACAUUAGAAAUAGAUAAUGACAUAAUUAAGUCAAUUAAGCUUAUUAGUGAAGUUUUUCAGGUGCAGCUUCAUUGUUUUCUUGCCUUCCUUAAAUUGAUUGAAUGUUUGCUUUUUUAUUUACUCAGAUUUUUUUUUUAAAUACCAAGAUAAAAUUAUAAUUGUGAAAUCUUUUUGGUAACAAUGAUCAUGAGCAGGAAGUCUGAUAUCAUGACAACUUCAACUAAAACUAAGAUUUGAAAUGUUUUAAGAUGUUUUUACUGUUUUUUGAAAAAUAGCACACAACUUCAUUUUAGUCAGAAUUACAUUUUUUAGAUAAGUUUAAAAAAAGUAAAUGAGUGUAUGUCUUGUACCGUUUAAAAUACGAGUUAAAGCAAUGAUAAUAUCUGAAUAAAUGUGGGUGUGAUCUUACAACCUUCUACUCAAACUUAACUCAGCAAAAAUAUCACUAAAUUCACAGAUUAUGUUUUCCUCAGCCUUUUAAAAAACUAUGUUAAUCUAUUUUUAUCAGAUAAAUGAUCAGAAAUAAUAAUACUCUGUUGAAAAAAAUACAAAAAUAUAGUGGCAAAAGUUUUUGAAAACUCUUCGGAGGGCGGGGUUUUGCUCGGGUAAGCUGGACUCAGUUUUUUGUGUCUACCAAGCUGUGAACUCAUUUUCUCGUAUUAAACGGUUAUCUUCAGGUGAAGCUGCAAAAAUCUGAAUACACCUAUACUGCAAGCAUUUUCAUAUCUGACAAUAAUUCAUGACAACACCUGUUUUAAAUUGACAACAUCCUCAUAAAACUUUUAAAUAUGUAUGAAUGGCAUGUGGAGGCAGACUGUGGCUGUGUGUGUGUGUGUAAAUGGCAGUGGUGCUGGUUUGAGGCUGUGUGGUUCAGAGCAUGAACGGCCCCCUCAGCUCUCCUGCAGCUCAGCCCGGCCUCUUAUUAAUGCACAGGAGAUCCGGCUCUUAAGAAGGCAGAAAAUUGCCUUACAUAACAAGCGCUCCACAAUUUAGAAAUACAAAUGUGCACUGUUGACUGAAGCAGAAAAUAAGACUGUUGCCCAUCAACAGAAGCACAUUUCAUAUGAAUAAUUAUAAAGCAUGGGAGCUAGAUGAGGAAAACAACCUGACCAUGACAGCUCUACUACUUUUAUUUACUUCAAAUGAGGGAUUAGGCAGGAAGGGAAUCUACAGACUUAAGGACCAACGAUGAGCCCUGAAUUUAUAAAUAGGGAGAAAGUUAAAUUUAUCAUAUUUCAGGAGGAUCUUUUGGAAAACUGUGGCGGUGCUUUCACUUUUAAAAUUACACCUACACCCUGCCUGCGCCUCCUCUUUGGCUCUUCUGGUUUUCAGGCCUCACCAAGUGUAUAUUUUUCUCACUUUUUGAGGUCUGCGAUUCUUCUAAAACCUGCCCCUGUUAAUCUGCUGGUGGGCAGAGGGCUUCCAGCUCAGACACCCAGCAGAAAGGCACCGCUCCCCCCGAUCAGCCCACAUGCACAUUGGGGGCAACACGCAUUAGACGCCCACAGGGGAGCCCUCAGAUGGAGCACCAAGCUAGGGCUCACCUAACAGUGGAUAAGGAAUAGGGUUUCUUUAAUUAUGAGGCAGGGCUAUGACAUUGAGUUCCCCCCUUCCUCCUCCAGCAGGCUUCCAGACACUGUCUAAGUGCUCCGCUCCGCUGAGGAGGCCAGUCCCCCCGCGGGGCGCGAUUCCACUGCCUGUAAUUUCUGAUGCCCAUUAGUGACCGCAAACAGAGCACCAGGUUCACACACAAGGAAUACAGCCGCGCAGCGCUGCCACGCUGUAAAAAGACCCUUCUAAUGCAAUGUUAUUGCAUUAUGCCCUCCUCAUAGACCGAGUCAAAAGUCCCAUUUGUGGUCCCUGCAGAAUAUUAUCAGAAAUUCUCUCCACAGAGACAGGCAAGGCGAGGCUUGAUUUGCUCUAUAUUUUGCAAUCUAUAGUGAAAUACCUUCAAACUGUGUCCUGCUGCCCUGAAGUCUAUGAAGAGCACUUUGAACUCUGCCUUUUCUUCUCCAGGCUCAUUCUACACACUUUUCAUCAAGACUUUAAAUGUAAAAUCAACCUGUUUUGCAAAUAGACUCAACUUUUAUGCAUUUUUCUGAAAUCAACCCUUCACAGAUGCCAGCCUCAAAAGAUAACAAUCCUGUAAUCAAUAUAAAUACAGCCAUAAAUGUCAUCAAUUUAUCCCUCCCCUUAUACAGAUUUAGCUUCUGACAACCUUUGUGUAUAUUUUGGAGAAAAAGAGAGAGAUACAGGGUGAAAAAGAGAGACGUGGAGGGAGGAAGGGGAGGGAGGAGGGCGGAUUUAUCGAUCAAGGGUGACCACAUCUUAGCCACAGAGCCCCUCUCUUGUGAUUAAUCUUUGGGCUUAGAGUUGGCCAACGACACAUGACAGGUCUCCCCCUCAAACUCCUCCAUUUCUCUUCAUUACUGACCGUAUUUUUGGACACCACAGUGGAGAGUAAUCAUUUACCUUUAUUGUGUUUAUAAAGCUGCGGCAUGGAUGACCCUUCCUAUAUUGAAUUGAAGACAUCAAAAGAUCACUGGACAUUGAUUAGGAGGAUAUUAAAGUCAUUCAAAUGCUAUAUUUAUAUGUCAAACAACAGCAGAGUGAAAAGAGACGCCAUCUCCGCCUAGACGAAAAUGAAUGGUUUGCAGAAGGAGGAACAGAAGUACCAAACUCAAGAAAUAUGCUUUAUUACAUAUUGAACAUUUGAGGUAAUUUUUUUCUCAAAAGGCCAGAGAGAGUCUCUGAUAAUACAGCGGAAUAAUACUCUUCCUAAUUUCUUUAUAGUCUGAUCUCCUGACUCUAAUGAUUUUUAUUUUUCAUUUUCUCACAGCAACCAUAAGCGUAGCCAGGUAUCCACUUUACACCCAAAGCCAGAGCAGCUCUGGAUUUACUGCAACACCAGUUUUACGCUGCUGUGAUUUCCAACCCAACACUUGUACGGCACAGAAAUAACUGCACCAAAUAUGUCACAUCAUGAGCUGAAAUGGUCAGCACUUUCCUGCAGAUACUUAAUCACCAAGUAGUUUCAAAUUUAAUACAUCUGGAAACAGCUAAAUAUUAUAGAUCAUUCCUCAGGAAGAGAAAUAGUGCAAGAGGAAUGUAGUAUAACUUAUAUUUUUACUCACAGAGUGUCCCCUUAGCAGAGGAAAUACACUGCGGCUGUGAUUGAUGACAAAGAACCCACUCUGAACCUCUGCGCUUCACAAUUAUCAACAAAUGGGCUGGAGCAGAUUUUAUGUAAUGAUUAAAGCUGCUGUUAAUUUCACAUGAAGGUAAUGAGCGGGGAGAUUGACGGCCACUGUCCGGUACUCCAUCAUCCCUUUAUAGUUAGUUUAAACGUUUUCACGACUCUUUUUCUCCUUCAUUUGCAUUUUGCCUCAUUAGAUAUUGGCCAUUUCUGAGGCCACCCGCGAUAUCCAUUUCCUGGAGUUAAUGCAUUUUAUUUGAUCAGCCAAACCCCCUCGGUUAACUAGCUGUCAUUCUGGCGUUUCAUAUGACAUCACUCCAUUAGCACCCGCCAUGCCACCUCAGCCGCCACCACCGCCACUGUCCCUCCUCUGCCUUAAGCAAUUACAAUGUCCCACUGUCACCGGAUGCAGCGUUAUUGUGUUUUUGCCGGGCGUUAUCUGCCCCAGUUGUUCUAUCUGUCUUUCACUUCCCAAUAUUUUUCCCCAAGAAUGUCUCUUUUUGGGGUUUAUUUUUCACAACGGCCGCAGCAGAGGCCCAGCGGUGAGCAAUAGUCCUGGCUCGGAGGGCUCAAAGUGCACGACCAGAGUGCGAGGCCGGGCUAACCAAGGGACCAGAGGUGUUUUGGAGGGCCUAAUGGCAUUUUGAUGUUCAUAAGCACUGCAGAUGUGAGGGGAGGGGGAGACAGAGAGGUGGGAGAGGGGCCGUUUUGGGGGAAGAGGAGGAGGGGAGUCAGGAGAGGUCUGUCAGAGGAAGACUUGCAGAGUCCUGACAGACAGAGAACGUGUUUUCUCAUGUCACAGCUGAUUACAUUCACUCCGGAGUGGGAAAAGAGCAGGAGGGGACGGAUCAACGAGGGAAACUUUCAGGUUGUUCCAGAGAUGAAGUGCAUUAUUCUCAGAAACAAUACCACUAUUUAAUUUUCAUGUUUGUUUUAGACCUAAAAACCUUAAACAUCUCCCAAAGAAUCUGAUGUUUCAUACUGCAGAAAAACAAAAGACAACAUAAACCUGCUUUUGUUGUCGAUUUAAAAAAUUACUGACCACUAAUUUGCUAAAUCAAUCCUCCUGCUCUUUUAUUCUCUUUUAGUCCCUCUGAUAUAUUAGAUAAAUGUUUGAUUCUGUUGUUGAAUCAUAGAUGAGCAGAAAAUAAGUUUUUACACACCACUGAAGCCCAAGCAGACACAAAAUCUGCUUGUCUGCUCUUGGUGUCUGCACCACUUUGCCCAUUUAUCUUUGCUUUUUUUCUUUUUCUUUUUUUUUACUGUGCAGGGCCCCCCGAAAAAAAAGCAAUUAAAUUUAAAACGGCCACAUGAAAAGAGCAAAAACCCCAAGAAUAAACUCCAGUUAGUUUGUGUCAGACAAUUUUGGGCUUCCAGGGGUCUUUCCACGGUUUGCAGGGGACGCUAUUUUCCCUCUAUUCCUGAGAUUACACGGGUUGCUGCACCAGGUGACCCUCAUGGUCAAACGGGCGACGGCGAGCCUGGCUGAGUUUUUAUUCCCUCUCCUGCAUAGCAUACAGAGAAAAGAUGCAUUUUUAACAAUUUGCAGGGUUAUUUUUUCCUCUCUGAGACACGUUGAUCCUUGUGCAGCCUUGUAUAUUUGCCGUAUUAAACAGUGAUGUUGUCAAGAGUGACAGUAGUUAUAGUGACUUAGAGAUGACAAGUUGAUGUGACAUGAUUUAAUGCGGGCUGCAGCAGCGCUAAGGUGUCACUUCAACACAUCCUGAAUAGCUCUGUCAAAUACUUCUCCAUUUUGCUUUAAAUUGGACUUAAACACCACAAACAUUUCUUUAACCGAACACUCUCGACUUCAUUGCUGCAUCAGAGUUAUCACAACACUUGUGCAGCUGACCAGAGCGGUCAUCCCCCCUUUUUUCCACGGCGAAUGAAAAGAAUCAAACACAAUGGUUAACAUGCAGCCUCUGCAAACUGGAAGAUCACUGUUUAUCUCCUGCAACACAUGCAAUCAGCACAAAUGCUAGGCCGGCUCUGUCAUUUUGUGCCUCCCGCCGAGGUGUUGAGAGGAGUCACCGUGGCGGAAAAUCACCUGUUUAGGUGUUGAACACAGCCUCGCCUCUCCUUAUUCCUGGCUCUCCUUUCAGCUGCUAUCCAUAUUACCCAGUGGCAGGAGAUGUAGCAAUAAAGCCUGCUCUCUUUUCACCUAGAUUUACCCGAAUAACAUAGCAUCUGGAAGGGCUAUCAUCGAAUGAAACACAAUGAUAAUAUUUCAAAUAAAUCUGAAAGCUCCUCCAACAACCUAUCACUCACACAAUGAUGCCGAGCACAGCAGAUUUUCAGGGAGACUCUGGGUGUGCUCGCCUGAGCGGAUCACAUUAUCUGUGAGUUGAUCUGUAGCCUCUGUUUAACUCUGUUUAACUGACCGUGUUGGCUUUUCUCUGUGUCCACAUCCAGUAUCACAACACAACACAUAAUACUUUUCACAAAUACAGAUUGAAGACUCCCUUUUAUUGACACCAAACAUGAUGUUUUGUAUUCACAAACAUAACUACAACUUCUAUUUCUUCUUUCGCAACUAUUGCUAUAAAUGAGGUAAAAGGAAAUGCGCUCAACAUUAAGUUCUGUUUGUAACAAGAAACCCCGCCCUCUGCUACCACAAACUGGUCAAAUCAUAUUAACCGUGUUUUCAUACGCAUCUUAAGUUUUGACCAUAAAGAAUUGUUCAUUUAGAAAUGACAUUGCUCUUUGAGUGACUGAAAACUCUUCUCACCAAAACCUUUUCUUAUACGAUGAUUGUCGGAAGAUUUGCUCUUGCAUUCUCUGAUUCUGAAGAUGUGACAGCUUUUAUUUUGAUACUGCUUGUGGCUCCUGCUCUUUUGAAAUGUUUUCUUCUGAUACUACAAGUUGUUCACAACAAGAUCAAUUCAGUUUUGUCUCUGAGAGGAGAAAAAGAGAGGAUGCAAUGUGCCUUUUUUCCUGGUCCAAUGAAUUGUUGCUCUUGUUAUUAGCCAGCGGAUGCACAUUUGUCUCAGAUGUUUGUAUUUCUUGCUCUUUUUUCUGACGAGCACAAAGUAAAACCUAUGAAACAAUCAUAUGAAGAUAUUUAGCUGUCUUAGUUGAUGCUCAUUAACACAAAUGUAUUUACAAUUUAUAUUAAGUAAAGUUAUCCAAAUCAUUUUUAGUAAGUUGAGCUGUCUCAUGGUGAUACAUCCUGCAGAACCAAACUCUUCAAGUUUGGUAAAAAGCAGCAGUUUGAGCUGAAGUUGUCACACAAUUUAAGUCUUGAUCAGAAAUUGGACAUAGAAUUACUUUAGAUCACAUCUGCAAGUUUGAAACUUCUUUUUAUAACAGUUUUCAAGUCCAUAUUGUGAAGCUUUUUUCCCUAGUAUUUUGUUGUGAAUCAAUGAUUUUAGAUUUAUUAUAUGGAUGGACACUGCACUGCCUUACCACUGUGGUCUAAAACCAUAAUUUAGAGGUUAGAGGCAAUGUGAAAGUGCUCAUUCUGUAAAAUACAGCAUUUUUUUUUUUGUAUUUAUUUUUCCAAGGAUAACAUUUUUAUGCAUCAAGAAGUAUUAAGAAUUUCAUUUACAACAUAUCCAAUCAGUAUCAAUGUGGUUCACGGUUAUUCUAAGAUCAUUUGAUUCUGUUCUGAUGUCCAAUAAUUCCUGGUUAAUCUAAGGAGUGUUUCCGUUAAGUUGAUUUUUCUGUCUCAUAAGGACCUUGUAAAGGUGAAACUGAUGUUCCCCGCAGCAGUAAGGGAUAGGACGUGGAAAAAUGUUGCUAUAGACUUCUUAAAUUUAGCUUCUUACCAACUCUUCCACUGAACUGAGCCAGGUUAUAUGAUGCAGGUAUCACUCUGACUGGUUGCACCUGUAUGCUUCCCUCGUACAUGGUGGCUGAGUGAUAUUUUGAUUUAGUGAAAUGUGCCACGCAGAGGUGCAGUAGUUUUAUUUCCCUGUGGUUUCCUAACAGCUUAGGAUAAAAUAAAAAUAAACUCAUCUAUUUCAAACUUAAAUUUAUUGCAGUUUGCGCUUCUGUGAGGAACGUAUGGUAAAAGCGGUAACUUUCCUCUUAGCGUAUAUAAGUAAUGUACUUUUAUUUUUGUAAAUUCAUUGAACAGAAGAGAGAAAAGUGUCUGCAGCAGGCUGUGAAUAACAUCUGUUACCCUCCUCUUUGUAAGAGUUUGUAUAGAAACAGUCAAUUUUAAUGCCGAUGGUCUCGUCUCCUUCUGUGGACCAUCUAGAGUCAAUAGUAUUAAUUUCUACGGGUUUCACAAGCAGUUACAAAAAAUCCUCGCAAUAAAUAUAAAACACAAAGACUAACUAGCUCUGUAUAUUGUUGUGAGAAUAAGAGCAAGAAAACAAAGUGCAAUAAAUAGAUGACUGUAAUGAAAUUGAACUGAUCUGCAGCUGAUUCUUGUAGAAUAUAAAGUAAUAAACUUUAAGCAGAGGUAAAAGCUUUUUUCUCUUUUAAUAGUGAGAGAACCAGAUUACAUUUUAUCCUGCAGUACAUAACAGCUCGGGUGUUAUUUUCAAAUAUCGCAGGUUAAUUGCAGCUUGACUGAGGUUUUGUUACCCUGUUACUUUUUCAUUUUAAGGUCAGAAUCGGCCUUUUCUAACAUUCGAGAAGUGAAGAUUUCCGAAGGACAGCCGCUGGACACAUAAAAGACAAUCUUGCGAUUAUCGAGGAAAAAAGUGGAUGACUUUCAGACGAGGGGAGGCAAUAUCAAUCACGGCCAAUUUGAGGCCACCAACAUGAAAUAUGAUUUCAUAAGACAAAUGCGGUGUCAUUCUUAAUGUGCUUAACCUUUACUGUCAAUGAAAAAGUAUUGAUCGCUCGGUGGCAUUUUUUCAUCAUUUGAUUUCAGAAAGUGUAAUAAUAUAUGGUGGUGGGGUAAGAUAAAAGAUGAAUGGCAACUCAAUGAUCUCAGAUGAACAAAGCUGAAUUCCCCGCAGUGUAGAGAGAGUGUGGAAAGAUGCCUUCAGUAAAAGAAGACUUUUACAGCGUAUCUCACCUGAACUUUACAAUAUAGAGAACACAGAGUUAGAGCUGUUAUAUGAACUCUACUUUUAAUUUCUGAUGCUGUAUGUGAAUAUGCAGCCAGCCGAUAUUAGCAGCAGGGAGCAGGCAGCAGUGUUUCUAUUAUUUCUCUAUUCUGUUGAGUAAUUGGGAGGUCUCCUAUCUCUUCUUGGUCUUUGAUCUACUUACUCAACCUAAUAAGACUUUGCUCUGCUGCACUACAACCAAAUCAGCAGUGCAUUUUCAGCCCCCUAAUAAGUGGUUAGCUUGAUUUAUAUGGGUAAUCUCGUGGAUGUGGCGGGGCUCUACAGCCUCUCCCCGACGCAAGGAGCCUCUUUUCACAAGCACAGGCCAGACCAGAUGAGUCCAUUACAGCGAGGGUAAAGAUGGUCAUUUCAACCCUCCUCUCUCCUUUGCGAGUAACUGUGCUAGAGCAUUAUGACGCAGGAGGAAUUCUCAGUCGAAGCAUAUUGAAGGGAGCAACGAUACAGUGAUGCAUGGCCACGCUGCUCGGCUCUAUUGUGAGAGCAGGGAUGGUGUAGGGCCGAUGCUGCGGGUGGAGAGACUCUGCAUGGCCCCGCGGGGAGCCCCGGGGGCCAGAGGAAGCACUUAGAGUGGUAAAAUGGCCACUUAUUCACAGCCACCCUCCUGAUCUCGCUGCUCCUCCCUACCCUGGAGCCUCCCACUGGGUUCAGGAGCACAGGCCUCUGGGAGCCUUAUGAUGGACUGCGCAGCCCUCUCUGCUGGACUGUACAAACCCCAUCACAGUUAGCCUAUUGUGGCCUCAGCAACAAAGAAAAGCUAGUGGAAACCCCCCCACACAUCGAGCUCACCUGAACUCGCUUUCCUUUUUGCAUUUAACUAGGAAACAUCUGCAAGAGCGCCAGAGAGGGAUAGAGUCUUGAUAAAUGAUUUCUUUGCUCUCUCCAGCUGAAUCCACUGGCCAGCCAGGCAGCAGUCGCAGCAGCAGCAGCCAUGGGAUCCAUCGCCGGUUCACAGGUGUUUGGGAACACCUUGUCAAACCUUCAAGGAGCUACCGGACAGCUGGUCACAAAUGCACAAGGCCAGGUGAGUAAUCUGGAUCACAUGUUGAAACUGGAAACGUUAGAUUUGUUUUAAGUUUUUCUGCUCAGUUUUUAAAUUUGAUGCCAAAGUUGUGACAGGGGCGUGUUUACUGAGGAGUCCCUCUGUGUUUGUGAACCAUGUUUCAGUUUAAACCUUCGUUUAUCAGAGGAAGAAUCAAUCUAUUUACAGAGACAGUGGCCCUUAGUUGUGAUUUUGAGUUCAUGCAGUGAUAUCCACUACAGAGUCAUGUCUGUUUUUAUAAUACAGAGCUGCCUGAGGGCUUGAAGAUCACAGCCACCUGGUAUCUCUUUGGGGGCAUGUUGUAAAGAGAUUUCUCCAGAUUCUCUGAAUCUUUUACUGAUAUAAAGAUAAUAAAAUUCAACAAAUAUCUAUAAUUUACGUUGAAAAACAUUAUUCUUUAAUUGUUUUACUUUUUCUCCACCCAGUCAGAGAGGUGACUCUCUACUUCUUCACUUCUAAGACACUUAGCCUUCAUAUGUCCACUCAUGUUACUCAUUAUUUCAACUUAAUCUCAUUACUUUUUUUUUCGAUACAAAAACUUUUUCUGUGUUUUGUUGUUCCUGUUCCAACAUGUUGCUGGCAUUAAAUUGAAAAUGAGCAUAUAUUUCAAAUAAAACAAUAAAACUUUUCAGUUUCAACAUUUGAUGUGUUGUAUUUGCACUAUUUCCAAUUAAAUAUAGUCGCUCCUUUUAAUACAGAGCAUCUAUUUUCUCUUUUGGACCUUUGUUAAAGAGAUUUCUCCAGAUUCUCUGAAUCUUUUACUGAUAUAAAGUAGAUACAAAGAUGAUAAAAUUCACAAAUAUCUGUAACUUGACAUUGAAGAACAUAUUCUUGAAUUGUUGAACUUUUUCUCCACCCACUCAGAGAGGUGACUCUCUACGUCUUCACACUCAGCCCUUUAUGUCCACUCAUGCUACUCAUCUUUUUCAAAUUAACCUCAUCAUUUGUGAAACGCUCUUCCAGCCUUUAUUAUUUUUUUUAAUACAAUACAAAAACUUUCCUGUGUUUUGUUGUUCGUGUUCCAACUUUUUUAAAACAUGUUGCUGGUAUUACAUUGUUUGGGAAUUGGCUUUGCUAAAAAAAAUGAUCAGUCAUACCAAUAGCUAAUUAGAAACUGCAGUGAGAAAACAGCACCAGAUCAUCUAUCCUGCGUGAGGCUGCGGUUUAUCACAAACAUUUGUAUAGUAUUCCUGAUCUUUGCUCAUAGAUUUCCACUGGUGGGUCUGUGUGUCAUCUCUAGUCGCCACCCCGCCAUAUAUUAAGCUUUUUGGGAAUAAACAAAGCCCUUCUUACUCUUAUCCGCAUGCGCCUGUCGCAGUAAAACGCUGACCUUGUCAUAUUUACAGGGUGGCUGCAGAAUUGUUCCAUCAGUAGCCAGAGGCUUGAACGAUGAUGCUUGUCAUUGCGGGACCCUAUCUAAUGAAUCAUCUUAUCGCGGGUGCACACGGCACAUAUUAGAGGAAAAUUGUACGGACAAUGUGCCCUUUCAUGCCACUCUGUGUUAUUUACCUUAACCUCUGUGUCAUCUUUAACACUCACACUGUCCAAACUGUGAACUGAACAGAAUCAUGGUGAACAAAAGCAGUAGGUGACACCUCUUUAACAUGUAAACGUUCAGCCCACCAGAGGAAAGUUUCAGGUCCACCAGCGUGAGCAGGCCUCAUUGUUUAGAGUUAAGUGUUGUCCGUGCACAACCUCUUGAUGCUAAACGUCACUAAUGAGACAGUAUGGACUUCCCUGGCUCACAAGGUGCCUGGAGCGCUAGGGACAGAUCACUGUGGAUAUGGACUUGAUGGGCUGCUCUGUGCUUUUGUAGUGUCUUGGCGGCUGACAGCCCCUGACAUAAUCAGGUCACAGAGACGGUCAAAGCCCUGGGCUACAGCCUUUGCUCCCCACCUCAUUAUUCCGCAACAUUAUUCAGACAGAGAGCUCUGAAACAUGAACUACCCUAUCAGAAGGUCCCGCCCCCCUUCCCCCCUAACAUGCAGGACAUUAUACAGGCUAAUACAAACAGCGAAAAAGGCUGAAGGUCCACCAAACGUGCACUGAGAACUUGUGUCUGCACAGAAAGCCCAAACACAGGAGGCAGUGGAAGAGCUUUUUAGAUUUUUGGAUUGAAUUCACUGCAGAUUGAUUGUUUAACAAUCAGAAUUUUCUGGCCCCUUUGUACCGCUGCUCUGGUCUAUGAGCAAAAAAAAAAAAAGAGCCUUUUUUGAUUUUAACACAGAGUUUUAUGUAUUUUGACCUCUUAAUUUCUGCCUCAACUCCGUCUAAAAGGCCCUUUUCAUAAGCAAGAGCUAUGGGACCUUGAAAAGCUCCUGGUUUGAUCAACGUUUGCAGUUCAAUAUGUUUUUAAAGCUUAAUUAUAUUGGACCCAGCCUUUUUAUUCUCCAAGGAGAAUCAAUGAGGCUCCUUUAUCCUGGCCGCCUCUACAACAGUGAUUAUUGCUGUGGAUAAAAGCCAGAAUAUUGUUAAGUCAAUCUCACUCCUGAUAUGUUUUUCUCCUUUGGAAUCUAUGGCAUUUAGUCAACAUCUUCUAUUCAGGACACAUUCUCGCAUUUGAAGCUGCUAAAAUAUGAGCGUAAAAUCGUGGAAGAACAUUAGGGAUUGUUUCCUACCGUUCACACUGAAGUUCAGACAACAGCGAACUGUUGAGUGUUUGUGGAAAAAUCCAGUUUCUCAAACGUAUGCAUUAGCUGAGUGGAAGGAAGCAUUGUGUAGCCUAGAAUUUGGCUGUCAGAGCACCACCGGCCCUUUUGUACCCGUAGUAUUUUCAGCCAUCAGUGCCAUGGCUAUGUUCCUGAAUCUGGAUGCAGUUGCAGCUCAUGCAGAGAGCAAAGUUGCACAUUUACCUGCAAAGAAAGUCAGCCUGUGAAGCGAAGAAAGCUGAACCAGAGUACAAGUGUGUGCUGUGCAUGAUGGAGGCUUUACAUCACCGGUAAUCUCUGUGUAAACCACUGUUGGCCUUGCAGUUGUAAAUCUACUCCUGAGCUGCUACUAAUGAUUAUUUUCACCAUCAAUUAAUCUGUUGAUUCCCUACAAAUUUACAGAUGGCUCUUCGGGACAGCACUCUAAUAAAACAAACAGAUCGUAAGAGCCAAAAUAUAUAUUUGUUUAGGGUAUGAUUUCUACUAGGUACGUCACUUCCGGGGAUCGACACGGAGGGGUUUGGUUUUGGGAUGUUAUUUUAAAAACACUAGUGUAGUCAGAGACAAUGGGUUCUGGUAAGCUCUGAUUAUUUUCUGUUGACCAUUUUUCACUUAUCCUUUUUUACCCUCAUUUCAUCACAUCACUGUUCAUUUGAAGGCAAAAGUUUGGACCUGGAUAAGUUUUCUUUCCCUUUUUGAGCAAUAAAUCACCUUUAACACUCAACCGGACUGUUGAAUUAAUGAGUCGCGGAUGUAAGCGCACCUAAACUCCAGCGGCCUUUUGUUGAAGAAAAGCAGUCUUUACACAGAUUACACUUAAAUGACACAAAUUUAGUAAAGUAGCAAAUUACAAAACCAUUAAAAAGUUAAUUUCCAACCAAGAAAUGGCAGUUGUCAAAUACUUGAAAUGGUUGUCAUGGAGUUUCUUCUGAGCCUUUUAUAAUUGCUGCACCCCUCUGCAGUUUGUGAACACUUUUUUUUAUGUUAGAAGAAAAGAAAACUUAAUGGUCACACUACCCAGGAAACUUCUCUUCUGUCCAGUGCACCAACAUGUGUCUGCUGCUGUUUAAGGCUUUGAUUUGCUCUGAAUUUUCACUUUCUCUUCUGGAGUUUGGACCAAACUUCCCCAACAUUUUUUCCCUCUCGGGGUCUAAAUUCACUGCAUGAACAGUGGAGGAGAGAAAAUGGGCAGAGAUAUUGCCUGGCGACCAUGGCUAAAGACACAGAUUGCCCUGGCUGGAGAGAUGAGAUGACAUUUCUGUGGAAACAAGAGCAGCAUAAUCUUAAUGAGUUCUGCUGGGUGGAGAGAAGCAGGAUACUCACAUGUCAUACGAACUAGAGCGGGAAGCAAACACAGAAAGACAAAUAAAGAAGAAACUGAAGUAGAGCUAAGGAGAGGGUGUUAGUGGAGACCAAAAGGGUGUUAUGAGUAAAAAAAACUAUAAUAUUGUUUCUUAAGCUACGGAAGCCCUAAGCGGAUAUGAUUUAUUUACUUUUUUACCCCCGUUUUCUGGAAAUCAAGAAUUAAUUUUGCAGUGGACUACGUAGUGCAGUGUCCGCGGUGUCUGCCUCCUGCUACAGGACGAAAUACACGGGUAAGAUGCACACUCUCUGAACUUUACAGGGACAGAUCAUCCUAAAAUUAUUCAUAGUCAUAACUAUUGGGCUGUUGCUCCGGUGCUUCUUGGUACAUGCAGAUGAAUUGUGGCAUGUGAGACAACGCCGUGAUCUCGAGAAAACGAAGAUCGAGAUCACAAUAUAGUUUUCCCAUGAAACAAAGCUAAAAAAAUCAAAUAAAAUAACAUGUCCGCUUAGGGCUUCCGUAUAAAGCAGCUGAAAUCGUUCCAUGUCAAACUUGUGGGAGUCACAAGGAUGCUAAAUUUUCUGCUGGUCAGUUUGAGGUACUGCAAAUUUCAGAUUUAUCAGAUUCAGUGUUCACAAAAAAUUCAAAUCUCAUAUUUAUAAAAUACUGUUAUUCUCAUUUUAAAUCCAAUGCCGGCAACAAGUUUCAAAAAGUUUGUCCAUGAAACAGAAAAAGUUUUGUAUUACUUAAAAAAAAUGACAUAUAUCCCAACUAGGUUUCAGCAGGUGAGUAACAUCACACAUGAGCAAAUAGUUCGAAAUUUUUAAGAAUUUUCCUCAAUGUAAAUUUGCAAAUAAUUUGACGUUUUUUCAUCAGCUACAACACAUUACUUUUCAUCUGGAGAAUCCUGAGGAAUCUCUGCACAAGACAAAACAACGCCAAAAGCUGCCGUGAUCUAAACGCCCUCAGGCGGUACUGUUUUGAAAACAGACAUGACUCAGUAAAAGAAAUCAGUGCAUGAGCUCAGAGCCACUUACUACCAUAUACUCCUGUUUGUAUAUACAGUUUAUUGCUGCAUCCACUAAUGCAAGUUAAAACUUUUUCCAUGCAAAGAUAAAAUCACUCACAGACAUGAUUCAGAGAGUUAUCUGGGCCUAUAAGCUCAUUUGAGUUGGACUGUGGAAAACUGUCAAAACAUCAGAGCACAGUUUAAAAGCCAGCAUCCCUGAUGGGGUGGAGACACAUAAGCACCCAUGGCAGACAUUACAAACAUUAGGGAAAGCAGCAUUAAUUUUAUAUUGCUCAAGGACAGGUUCUGAAACAUGGCUGACAGUACUUCUUCAGAUUAAUUUGUUGUGAUGAUUAAAAACAUAUUGCUGCCGUCUACCGUACAAAUCCAACUUUUGUUUUUGGCACAUCUGGAAUUUUGUCUUAAAGAAUAAGUCAGCUGCAGAUGUAAUUUUGUUUGCUCUAAGAAGAAUCAGGUUUGAUUCUUACUUUUUAUCUUGUGAUGCACAGACAUUUCAGAUGAGUUCAGACUCAGUUUUUUUUUUUAAGUCUAGUCUAUUAUCAAAUAAUUUGUCAUCCUUAGAUUACAGUAAUCAAUAUGUUGUGUGGUUGUUGUUUUGCAUCAAUUUAAUGCCGUUUAGUUAGAUAUGUCCUCAUGUAUUCACCCACUUUAAGGUUAGAGUUGAAUGUAGAGAUAUACUGAUCCAUUUUUCCUGAUACCGAUACCUGGGAUGAUUGUAUCGGCCGAUAUCCAAUAUCGAUUCAAUACUAUUGUUGAAUGAAUGAACUGUAUACCUUACCCUGUGAGUGAAGGCAUCAGGCUUGACAUAAGCCUUGUUGAUAAAACGGUAACAAAUUAACACAGAUAUAAAUUUACUUAAUAUCAUUUAUGAAAAAAUAACAAAUUGCACAUUAGCCAAAAGAAGUAAGACUUCCAUGUAUUAAAAGAAAAUUAAAUAAAAGAGAAAAAAAAGACUGGAUCAGCGUCAUGGAGCCAAUAUCUGAUCUCAAUAUCGUAUCGAUGAAUCCCUAGUUGAUGAGAGCCCUGUUCAUGUUUGUAACGAUUCAUUCAUUAUAAUAAAAAAAGAAAACUCAAAUCACUUUAAAAUGAUUUUUGCUGAUUUAUUUGGGUCCACACUUUCAGUAAAAAACAAUAAGUAGCAACAACUAAUUAAAAAACACUUGAAUCAGCUUUCAGGUAAAUUUAUUUUAACAUCUAAAAAGGCUCUUCUAUGAGCUCAGUUUUGCUUAAAGGUAAACCCCAGCAUGAGUUUUUAUCCCCUAUCAAACAUAAAACAAAGUCCUCCCUUCUCUUUGAGCUCCUGCUCCAACACCAGACUCCUCUCCGAAGUCCUUCCAGCUCCGAAGAGCUCGGAGUCACUGCCAUGAAACAUCUGCUGGAGAUGCUCAGAUGGAGAAGUAUUGCACGGUGGGACAGGGACGAGAGCUAAGCUGUCAGUUGCCCGCUCUUUUAUUAUGCUUAUAGAACAACCACUUAGUCCAAUGACGAUGAAUAAUUGAGCGGAACAAGUUCCCUGCCACAGUGGCAUGCAAAGCGGGAUCAGUGGGACUCGGGAGACGAGAGCGUCAGGCAGGGCAAUAAAAUAUGCUAAGUGGCAGGAGAGCAUUACAGGGAAUUUGUAAAGCCGGCGCUGAGAGAGAGAUAAAUUAUCUCUCCCCUAAUGCGAAGCAACGUAAGCAAAUGAGCCGUGGCAAGGAUGAAUUACAGAUCAUCGGCCCACCUUUCUCUCACUGAUCCCUCCCUAUUAUGUCAAAGAGAGAGGGGAGAGGGGAGGGGGAGCAGGGCGCACGCUGGAGCACAUCAGCGGUGGUGGCGAUAGGGAGGAACAGAGGGACAGUAAAGGCUGAAUAAUCCUCUGAAGAAGCUGCUUUUUCCUGAUUUGCGUUAAGAUUUUGGUGCUGAAAUGUAAAUUUAAAAAAGAAGAAGAAGAAGAGAGUAAUUCUUCAAAAAAUAACCCAAAUAACAGAAUUCAGAGUGACGGACAUCUCAUCUAUGUCGAGCUGCUCUCUGGUGUAAUGAGCCUUGGUGGAGGAGGGAUGUCAGCAGGGGGGUCGAGGCAACGGCUGCUCAGAACCAGUCCCCAGAUGACAUUAACCUUCAUCAUGGUGAAGAGGCGCUAAGACCCCCCUAAAGCGCCACUCCUGGCCACACUCUGGCAGCUCUGAGAGCUAAAACGCUGCAGUGACACUCUGCCGCCCCCUUUGAUCUGCCCUUCCUGAUUACAGCCACAGAGGAGAGGAAAGCAGGGGCUGAAGGGAGGGGGGGGGUGCUGGGGAGCGGGUGAAGUACCCCUGGGACCAUGAGAGUAGAAUUAGAAGCACAGGGUCCUGUCUCACUCUCUGAUGCUCCUCUUUUCUCCCUCUUAUUGUUUCUUCUCUGGCUCUUUCUUCCCACUUCUGCCGCUCUGUGUGUGCGAGAGAGAGAGAGAGAGAGAGAGAGAGAGAGAGAGGGAGUGAGAGGGUGAAACGGGGGUCUCUGUCUCUCAGCUGCCUCACUCCUGCUCACCAGAGACAGACAAAGACACUUAAGCACAAACACACUUCGACACACACAGUCACGCAUACACACACACUCUUAUCCCCGGUCUUGGCCUGGUUGAUGGAUAAUACAGUCAGUGGUGUGCACCAUCACACACACAGGUAUUCGGAGUUGACCUUUGCAGGGCGCUCCCAGCAGUCUGCUUUAGCUUCACUUGUUCCAGGCUGUAAAACCACCUCAGAGACAGAUGAUCAGUGGACACUUGUGCAUGUUUCCUUCUUAAAUCACACGACUCCAAAAGCUUAGCGCUCUGAUUAGCCUCGUCACCCCUGCAAUAUGACGUCUCCUGCUUUGUUCAAGCCAAACAAAAAAAGGGCGUCACAGCGGCAGCGAUCAUUAAGAUUGGUACCUCCAGUAGCGUUUACCCUCUCUGCUCCAUCUUCUUUUUUAAAACCACCCAGCUGAUUUCGUCUCCUCUCUACCCCCUUUGUAGAUAAUUGGAACAAUCCCACUGAUGCCCAACUCUGCAGGGCCCUCCAGCCAAUCAGGGGGUGGCAACCCAGCACUGCAGGUACAGCCAAUUACACCUCAGCUUCUGACCAACGCUCAAGGCCAGAUCAUCGCCACGGUGAUCGGCAAUCAGAUCCUGCCUGUCAUCAACACCCAGGGAAUCACGCUGUCACCAAUCAAGCCCGGACAGCAGGUAACAAACACACACACACGCUGACGCACACACACACACAGAUGAAGAAGAAGAAGAUAUCUUGUACAGCAGCUUAUUAUGCACUUAAACUGAUGUCCCGACAGCGAUCAAGAGCUGAUUUUAAAACUGACGAAUGAGCAACACCUAGUGGAGUCAGGCCGCUGCUGUGUUUAUUCAUGAAGCGUGAUCAUCACUCGCACCCUCAUUUGCAUCACUCCACUCGCAAAGUUGUUGCUUUUUGUGCGAUCGUUCUCCUCGUGUGUGUGUGUGUGUGUGUGUGUUUAUAGACGGCUCUUGUCAGCUAACGUUUCAGACUCAGACUCGGGGAGGUUGCCGAGCCCCCGCAGAGCCCAAACCCCCUGGAAAAAAAAAAAAAAAAACAACACUUUUCAUCACCCCACUUAAACUAAAAACACUUUUCCUCUUGUUCUCCACCUCUUUCCGUUUCCCUCCCUCCAUCUCUCCUUCCUCAAUCAUACUCUCCAGCCUUAUGAUUUGUCCUCUCUGACCUGAACAACAAGUAUUUUGUUUUGAUUUAAACACACAAGUUUGUUUCUUUGUUCGACACCAGAUUUGAGUUCUUACUGUAAGUGUCGAAAACUCCAGCUCAGUCAUUUUCUCCUCUCGGGUUUGAGGAUCCAUACAGAGCAGGGGGGGGGGGGGUGCGGAGUCAGAUGCAUGCACACAACGAUGAAAAAAUGUUAUUGACUCGAUAAUGACGAUGUCAGCGCAGAAUUAUAGGGUAAAAGUUCACAUUGAAGGCCCGUACAGUGCAGGAUGGAUGAACUCCCAGCAGAUGGACACCUAAUUGUGGCUCGGUGAAAACACCAAAUCACACUCUUGAAUGAAUUAAUGCAUUUGUAAUAAUGUUUAUGCUUUUGUCUCCACUUCAAAGCCCGCGUGUACACAUUGCUCCGCGGGCAUAAUUUACGGUUGUCAGCGCCGGCAGUCUAGAAUAUUUCCAGUGAAGCUAGAUAAUUCUCCGAGCCUGUCAACAGUCCUGACAGUGUGUGCAUCGCCGUUGACACCCCCCAAACAAACACAUGCCACGAAGAAAAUAAUUAAUUGCAAAGAAGGAGAAGGAGAAGCCGGCCCAGCUGUGGCGGAGACAGCUUUUCACUUUAAAGGUGUAGACGUACCAUCUUGAUCUUGUAAACGCAAUUCAAAUGUGCAUAAAACAUGAAAAUACAUCGUUUUUUCGCCAUCAGAGCACGUAGCCCGCGGAUCAUGAAUUAUGUUUGAUACGGGGACUGCUGUGUCCACAUGUUUUUAUUUCAGAGGCAGGCUUACAUUACUGGAGCCCUCGCAGGUCUGAUGACAAGGGAAAAGUCUCUAAUUGUCACAAACGCUUUUUUUCCUUUCUUUCUUUUUGAACAGCACAGAUUGUGAAGCUUAUAUAAACAGAGAAGCACCUGAGUUGACUCUCAGUGUCUGCUGCAGCAUUAGUGAAAGACUCCUGUCGUCUGUUAAGCUAUUGACACCAUAUUCUGCUCUGUCAGUCUAAAUGCAGCAAAGCAGUAAUUAACAUUCACCCAUCAUUAGCUGCAAGGUAAAUCUCAUUAUCUUCUGCUUCUAGACGGCUAAUUUAAUAGCUGCUGAUUAGUUGAUAGAUUUAAUAUCAGUGACUAAUGUAAAAGAUGAUUAUUAUGAUGAUGUCAGCGAGAUAGUAGUCGAUAUCGGUUUGUUGUAAUGUCAAUGUUUGUGUGUGUUUGUCUGUGUUUCCAGCAGCAGGCUCAGUCAGGCCCGGUAUCCGCUCAGCCCAACAUGCUCCACAUGCCCCACAGACAGAGUCCCCUCCACCAGGCCUCCUCCUCCUCCUCCACUUCUUCCUCCUCCUCGGCUCUCAGCGUGGGGCAGCUGGUCAGCAGUAAGUGUCCGACACAGCUCACAGAAACACAGCAAAUGAAAGGGGGUAAAGAUCACAUAUAUUACAACAAUAAAAAAAAGCAUAUUUGCUCAGAUAGAUGUGGUUUCCAGACUGUAAGAGUUUGAACAGAACAUGAAUUCCUAUAGGGCAGAAAGGGCGAUGUUUCUUUUUUUUGCCAAAUCCCUUAGGAAGACAACAGAUAAUGCUCUUUUUAGCCUUUGAAUAUUUCCAUUAAAAGUCGAGCAAUUUGUAGAUUGAAGCAAAUCCAAACAGGCUUUAUCCAAAUAUUGCCUAUUAGCAAUAAUAAUGAACAGAAACUAACUCACUGUAGAUGCUCUAGAAUGUAUUUACUGCACAAAGAUGGUAUUUUGGAUAAAUUUACGCAUGAAAUAACCUACAAUGUAUAGUGUUUUCUUAAAUAUGGGUCAUACCCAUAAAUAUGAGUGUUUUGAGAGGCUUUGUGGCAAAAUAUGUAUAAAAAAAUGUGCAAUAAAUCAUAUUUUUAGGUAAAUUCUGUACAGAUGUAAAUAUGACGCAUGUGAAUAUCUUUUUAAACUCAAAGUUUCUUUAUCUUUUAAUUUUUCCCUUUUUGUAUCUAUACUAUACUGCUGUAAAUUUGUGGGACUAUUGAAGGAACAUCUUAUCUUAAAAAGGAAAAGGUCAUAACAAAAAUGCUCCUUUUUUGGUUUAUUUCUUGAAGUGGGAUUUGUUAGCUAUAGAAAAUCUCUGUCACUGGACCCUUAAAGAGUUUGACUUUGCAAGAGAUUGUAGUCUUAUAUUUUUCAGUUUGAAAUUAGCAGAAAAGACUAUGGUAUAUAAAACUCCAAAGUAUGUUAAAAAUGAAACAACUGUUCAUCAUACCUCUUAUCCAUGGCUUCUUGUCCUCAAAGGCCACCACCUAUCCUGGGAUUUUACCAACAGGAGGUGUAGUCAGAGGGGAUUUCAAUCUCAAAUCUGACUGCUUGAUAUUUUUACAUACUUCACUGUUAAUGCAGACCAAACUGUAAAGCAUUUAAUUUGUUUGCCAGAGCAAUGCCUUUAACAGGAGGACUUUUAGUUAACUUUUGGGAAGUUUUUACCUUGCCGGAUCCCUCCUUAAAUUGAUUUUGCCCUGAAAUAAAAAGGAGAGAUAACUGCAAAGAAAAUACUGGUAUUUCAUGGUUGUAGAAAAAAGCUAUAUGCUGACAUUUCCUCCGUACAAACCUCUCUGUUUUUUGGAACUUCUCUCCACUGAGUUUAUUACUAAAAACUGUUUUUAAUGAUCAAAGACAAUUCAGCUCACCUCCAAUGCAUUGGGCUUGAUUGAAAAAUCUUUGACAUUCAUCUGGAAACCUUGAGAAAGUAAAACUAUCAACAUAACUCCAUACCAGCGCGUGCAAGAUAAGAGAAAUACUUUUUAGAUUCAGUGAAACUGUCCCGGUUAAAAUCAGCAACUACAGUUUCAACAAUUAGGAAACUCGACAUCGACGUUACUCUCAGUGUGGACGUGUUUUGAUUGAUCCCUGCCUCCUCAGAUUGUUGGAUAUUUGUUCUUACUGUCACUUCUUUGCUUUAUUAAAUGAUCCAAAGUGGCAUCUAUUAAGUUUAAUGAACAUAAGUUUCUCUCUCCCAAAGCGGGGCCUUUGGCAGAGCCUUAUAAAUCACUGGGCCACAGCCUGUCAGCAAGCAGCGAUUGCCUUUAAAAACUCUGUUUUAUUCAGAUAAAUUUCAUUUGUCAGAGUCGAUUCCCCUAAACUCCAUGUAAACUCAUUUCAAAGGCAGCUACAUUGCCUCCAAAUUUAAUCAAAAACAAGUCGCCAUUGAUCAACUGGUUGUAGACACUGUUUGGUUUGUGUUUACUCCGAGCUUGGAAAAAUAUCCUUUAAAACGUUCUUUUAGUCUGCUCAGAAUCAUAGUGGCUCAGCUCUGAGGUAAAUGGAAUUAAUGCUUUAUGCUGAGUACGAGCCAUUUCACUUUCUCUUAGGAUCAGUUACAUACAUAAACCCAUAGACACAAAGUGAAAUCCCAAUACUCUGAAAAAGAGGAGCUGUCAUUCUGCUUUACUGGCCGCAAACAAAGUGCUGAGAGCAGGUACAAAAGCCGAGACUGUCGGUAACUGCUGUUUUAACUGUAUUUAUUUCAAGGCUGUUUUUUUUGUUUUUUUUUUCUCCUGUAAAUCCAGACGUAUUUUUCAAGAUAAAGGCUGCAAAGGUUAAGAGCUGAUGUCCAGUAACAAACACCCAAGCUCACAUUUCACCACUUGGACCACAGUCUCCUGCUUGUGGCGUUAGAGCAGAUACACUCGGGUGAAAGUGCUUGACUGAGGUUACAGCAGACAUGAGGAGAAAUAAACCUAUAUGUAGGUUAUUAUAUUCUGAAUCAAAUGGUAACAAGUGCACUCUGACCGAUUUCUAGUUUUAGUUGGAGUAGCUGUUUGUUUACAUGAUCAGAAGUUUCAAAAUUAUUCAUCGAAAGCUUUUAGUUGACCCACUUUUAUAAUUAUGAAUCUAGUAUUUACAAGGGCGUCAGUUUGUCUCGAAAACUGGGGGGAUUGGCUACUAUACAGUGCGUAAACUUAUUUCAUGUAACCAACUAAGGCCCCCUUGCAUAUAUUGAUCAUAAGCUUAAUCAUAGGGUUAAACAAGCAAACAAGUUUCUAACUCACCACAGGUAUUAUCAGAAGAAAAAGCAAACUCUUGGUCUCAGCUUUAACUUGGCACAGACGCAAAUUUACAACAACUGCAUGUUUUUUUGUUAUUAUCCUUGUUAUAGACUCUCGGACGAAUACGUCUGAAUUUUCUUUACUACUGAAAAUAACUGGGGUUACAAUGGUUUAUACGUAAAGAGUUUGUUUGUGGUGAAGACAAAACGACCCCUGACGAAAAGUGGGGGGCCCAUACCUCCCUGCCUAUGAGUAUUUACUCAUUUUAGCUCCGUGUUUGGUCUCCACCAGCUCCUGACUCAGCUCAGGAAGAUCCUUAAAAUUCGUCAUUGUGUCCUUAAGAAUUAAACUAAACAGUGAAGAUCUGCAACUAUCACUCAAAAAGCACAAUGACAGACUGUUUCAAAGAUAUAAUGCCUUCGUUUAGCAUCAUGGGGGCAUGUGAUGAUGACCUGAGCAGGUUAUAUGUCCUUAAUAAGAUUACAUAAAGAUAAGAUACUCCUUUAUUAGUCCCACAAGGGGAAAUUCCCAAUGUACAGUUCAUCCCUUCCAAGAAACAUACAGUAGACAGACGUACAAGGAAGAUUCUGUUUUGUAGCUUAAGUCCAAAAACAGCUUUUAGGAUGUGCUGUUGUGUCUGUUUGAAACUUUCCAUCCUCCUUCUUGUUCUCGCCUGGUUCCUCAUUACCUCAAACUUUACCCUCAUUUAGACUAAUUCCUACAUGAAGACACAAAACCUGGACGACAUUGUUUGUCAUAAAGCUGUGGCACAUUAAAAUCAGUCCUUCCCUGUCAUUUAUGAAGAGAAGCACCAUUUAUUCUCAUCCCACUUUGCUUUUCAGCGAGUGUUUAGCUUGUUACUAUGCUGUAAUGAAUAAGCUUGUUAGUGUGUUCUUGCCGUCUGGAGAAGCCGCUUUAUGGACGCUGGAAUUGAUCGUCUCUAUUGUUUCUGUGUUUUUUUUUCAUUUGUCUUUCAUUCACUCUUUUGUUUCCUGAAAGCUUUACUUCUCCUUUCACGAUUUCAAAUAACUUAAAGGUUUAGAUUAUUCUUUGUUUGUGAUUUAGUGUCUAAAGACAAAUAUGGAUCCAGACCUGCAAAGUACUGCUGCCUCAGAGCGCCAUUAGUCUUUAAAGCUCCGAGUAAAUAGACUCUGCCGGGAAUGAUGAAGAGAUGCUCAUCAAUGUGGAGAUGAUGGGACCCGAAACUGUGAGUGCUCAUAUCUCCCUUUUAGUCGUCUCCAAGUCUCUGGUCCCCUCAUCUUCACACGUCUGGAGCACGCCGCGUACGCUACACGUCACUUAUGAGGCACAACGAGAUGGCAGCCCCAUAGAUUUUUGCUUAAAUACGCUUGGAGGAUUCCUUUAAUAAUUCAUUGAUAAUGACCAAGAUGAAUAAUUCAGAGGCACAAACUUUGCUUUGGUAAGCAGGAUGCCAGGGCACCUGACAUUGAUGUACAAUGUGAAAUCACUUUUUAUUAGCAGAGAAAUUCUUCAAAAUGCAUCAGGGAGUUUUUUUUUUUAGAGAUCUGUUUAAAUGGGGAGAUUCUCAAACAGACUUUCUUCAUGGAAAGAGACUCUUUUUGUUGUUUGGAGGUUGCUACUCUGCUCAUAAAGGGUCAGAGAUCUUAAAAAUACUUGUAUAUACUCUUCUACGUUUAUUUUCGAAUACUAGAUUCAUGGUGUUUGUACAUUCAUUCAAAAAAAGGUGAGGAUAUAGGUUUUAAGAAGUACUCUAUAUCCUGAGAUUUUACACAGACGCUGUAUCAAGUGGUCCUGUUCAAACGUUUUUAUUUGUAAGAUUAAAGAUUCACACAUGCACAAGUCAAAAUGGUGCCACAUCUGCUUUCACGCCUCAGAUGAAUGUAUUCUCGCAAACAUCCCUCAGACACAUGCAGUUUGCGGCACCAGGGCCAAGAGAGAUAAUAAGUUCUGACCCGGAGCAGGACUAUUUUGUUUAGAGACGAUCAUGAUCACGACUGUCUGGCUGUUUGCUUCAUUCACUCUGCAAAAUGAGGUGAGGGACGGGUGAGCAGAGGGCUAAUAAAAUGAGAUGUGUGUGUUGUAUUGUAGACCCGCAGACCGCCCCCAGCGAGGUGGACGGGGUCAACCUGGAGGAGAUCCGUGAAUUCGCCAAAGCUUUCAAGAUCCGCCGGCUGUCCCUGGGCCUGACACAGACUCAGGUGGGCCAAGCGCUCAGCGCGGCCGAGGGGCCGGCGUACAGCCAGUCUGCCAUCUGCAGGUAAGACAAACAAAGAAAGGGGGAAACUCUGAGGAAAGAGUUCAUUAUUUCACAUCAGUAUGUCCUAAUUCUGUCAAAUGAACGCAGAUCAAGUCGUGCGGCUCCACUGAGUUGUCUGGUGCUCGUAACUGCCAUCAAUUUUUCAUCCCCUUUUUUAACAGACAUUAUUAAGAUAUUAAAAUACAUAAUUGACUAUCACCACCCUGACAAACGAAGCUCUCAUGCCUGUACCCACCCGUCCUCCUCACCCGUCCUUCCCACCCGCCGACAUGACAGCCGCGCGUUACUUAUGCAAAAUACAUCCACAAGUAUUACACCGAGCACUUAAAGCAUUUAAUAAUUACUAAGGCUCGUUGCUGUUCACUCCGCCUGAACAUGAGAGAGCUCGACGGAGAUGAUCUGUUAAUAAGAUUGCCAUGUUUUACUGCCGCCGCGAGGACAGUUUAGCCGUAAAUGGUGCAUUAUAUAUUCAUGAGACAAUCAGACAAUCAGUGUUUCAUCCCUCCUUUUGUUCCGCUUCACUAACAUUUUGCAUGAGGACGCCAAAUGAGCAUCAUUUCCUAUUCGAGUCAGAGUAGCUGGGACUGUGUCAGGCCUAAGUUUAACUUUAUCAAAGCAAACAAAUAUGACAAUUAUUUAAAAACUAACUAGAGUGAGUGAUCAGUUUGGAGGAUAAGGGUUUUAUCGACUUAAAGGAUUGACUUUCUUCUAUUUUCUCUGAAUAAUCCUUCAAAGCUUACUCGACUAUUUCCUGUUUUGCAUCCAUUUCCAGCCCUUAUUCCCGUAUUAAUUUUAAUGAUGCAUGUGCGGCGCUGAUGACCUGUGCUGUUUAUGCGACACGGCGCUGCCACGCGCUUUUAAAAUUUCAUCACAUCAACAUCAAACGGGCGAUAAAAAGUGAAACAGUACAGGAGGCCGGCGUUCUUAUGAGGCCUCAGCCGUCUCUGGCUAAUGUUAACGUCUUAAAAUCACACAUGAAAUAUUAACAGGCAGGAAUAAUUCAAAUAUUUAUAACAUACAUUAAAAGCCAUUAGCUCCGAAAAUAAACACUCAGAGGGCCGCUCUUCAUGCCGUUAAGACAAUUUUUUGUUUGUAUGACAUGGGACAUGACAUCCUGAUGGUUUAAGUAGAGAGCCGAAGUCCACAUGCUUUAGUUUAGUUAACAUCAGCAUAGACAUGAAGUUUGAGGUGAGGCAGGACGUCACAGUCGCUCUGGGGCUCCGGCUCUGAAGCCAGACAGAGAACAGACACUGACAGAUGCUCCCAUCUUGUCUACUUUCAUUGCUGACUUUGUUUGCAGGCACUUUAUUAGUUUAUCUAAAAAGCAUAGACAUUACAUGAGGGCAUCAUCAAACCAAUCAUGUGCCAGUCUGUCCUCUUUCAGCCUAAAUGAAUAAUGUAAACAUAAAACAAGAAAAUACUUGGAUUUAAAGCUAAAAAAAAUCCAACUUAAGAUGUUAAAGAGGAAGAAAGCAGGUAUUUAUCAUAAAUUAUCGCUGAUGAGAAUCAAUUUCUUUAAAAAGAGACAUUUGAGGGUCCAAGUUAUAUCAAAUAUGGAACAACUGGAUUCACUUUCUGACCCCAGUGUGAGCAUAUGUACUAGAUAAAUGGUCAAAUGUUUACAGCAGAGGUGAAAGCAUGUGUUGGUUUUUUGAUGGAUAUUUAUAUGAGUGGGGAAAUUUCAAAGGUAUGUAUGAGAGUUAACGUGAGUCUGAGAGUGAAAACUGGUUUAUUAUUUUCAGGACUGUGUGGAUUUACAUGCAGCCAAGCAAGCCAUGCAGCAUUAAUAUGUUUUACUGUGCAUGUGCAUUAUGUGCUUAUAAAAGAUCACAAAGGCGUUAUGCACGGUGAUUGAAUCGUGUAUAUUUGGUGACAUUGUGUUUCCAAAAUAAAGGAAAAUUAAAAAAAAAAAUCUGAGUCUGCUCAGACAAACAUUUUUAGAAUUUUCACUUCUUAAAAACAAAAACAUGUAAAUUAAAAAAUAAAAAUGCAUUUAAAAUGUAAGUAAAUGUGUAUUAGUAAACAGGCAAGACAAUAAACAAUCUUCAAAAUUAGCUCUCUUAAAAUUAAAAUAAGGAAUAUUUAGAAUAAUAUCAUUUUAAACAUUUCUAUUUCUACUACAAAAUAAAAUGACAUUUUUCAAACUUGUUUUUUUUUUAUAUUGAAACAGGAAGAAACUUCUUCAUUUUAAUGUCUACGAUGAAACAGCUGUCAAACUAUCACAUUUAUAUUCAGCAUCACCCACAUAGAUGAAUACAGCAUGAGUGACAGUUAAUAACCAGAUUUGAAUGUUUAAUAGUAGGUAGUUAGGCCUGACAGACUGAUGGUACCAUGUCAGUACUUGUAUGACCCAAUGUCUUAUCACAGCAAAUGUGUCAUUAGUUAAUCAGCUUUUUUCUGUAUUUAACAUUUCUCAGUUUGAAACAAAAUGAUGCUGAAAUUUAAAUUUUAUGGAUUUUAUCUAAACUGUGAAUCCGAUCAGAAGUUGCCACAGUAAAGGUCGUAUGUGGCUGUGAUUUCCAGUGAAACCUCUCACUCCGCUCUGCCUCCUCCAGGACCGUGAACCCUCAGGCGAACUGUAACUCAGGCCUGAACAUACAGCAUGUCUGAGCAGGCUCCUAAGGUACUUUUAAGAAGAGCCAGAGAGGCUGCAGGUGCAUUCAGGGCCACUUCUCCCUUGUGCUGAUGCACUAGAAGAGAGAAGUGCAUGCCCCAGCUGAGAAGCUCUCAACUCAUUUUAGUAUCUGUGGUUCCUGUUGAUCCAUGAAAUGUCCCGUCUCUGGUGACUCCUCAUAUUUACUAAUGUAUUCCCCGCAGUAUGGAGCCCGUCCUCUUUCCACUGUUUAGGAGCAGGACGGGGUUAUAAAUAAUACCGCCUGUCGACAAGGAGGAGAGCAGCGCCGAGGUGUAGAAACAGAGGAAGUUCAUUCGUGCAUGGGCAUCUCAGCCCCGCUGUUGUUGUCUGCAGCCGCUCACCUGGCCAUUAAAAAUGUCUUGUGUGCUUUGUUUGUUCCACAGAGAGCAGAGCUUCCUCGCACAUCUCUGCUGUCUGUCCGUCAGAGCUGUCAGUUCAACAGCUCUUCUACUAAAAGCAUUCACACACGUCACACUCGUUUGUCCCAGAAACACGUUGAGGCGGUGAACUCAACUCUUCUUCUUGUUCAUUUAAAAACUAGAUCUGUAGGAGCAGCUACGACUGAAUAUGAAUUUAACCCUUUUUCUAUUAAAACACAUUUAAUGUUUUAGAGAAAUUGAAUAUGUGGAAUUCAUUUUUAUUCUGCAUUUCAUAUAAACUGGAGUUCUCUUUCACUGACAUGUUUGAGGCCUUUUGUUCACAAAAUUACUGACAUAAAGAAAGAAAAAAACUCCAAAUUCGUUAAUCACAGUCACACAAAACAGAGACUGUGCUCACCAGAUCUAAAGAAUCAAAAUAUUCUGUGCAAGACGUCCAAGAGGGUUUAACCUGCAUUCAUGAUGACCUCAGUCUCUUCAUUUUGUCUCACAGUUUCCUGGUUUGCGCCUUUAAAUAAAAAUCAUGUGAUUACUAUUAGAGGCCCAACCAGAAGACAACAAACUCACUGUGUAUAAGAAUGAAAAACAACAAUCAAAAUCACAAUACAUCGAUUAUUAUUCUUCAGUUUUAUCAUGUAAUCAUGUGAUAAACAUAAUUGUUGAUUUACAGCUGCACACUUUGAGGUGAUUGAAUCUUUAGCAGCGGGUUUGUCAACAUCCAGAAGCAGAAGAAGAGGUUCUGAUGGCUGCUCUGUAUGAAUUCUAUCACUUUAUCCUAAAUUGGGUUCAGUUACAGCUGAGUUUAGCAUGAAGCUUAAUCAAACCCUGAGCUUUAUUCUUCAAUAUGUCAGUUUACACCUUUCCUCUGGUCAAAAAGGAGUUUUAUGUCAAAAAAAUAUGUUAUUAAUGUUAAAACAUGGUAAAUUUUAGGUUUGAAAAAUACAACUUAUGUUUUAAAGUUUUAUUUUUAUUUUUAACAAUUGAAGUUUUUACAUUAUAACAUGAUUAGUUGUGUGAUAUAACAAUAAAUACUCAAUCACAGCAUAUUUAGAGGUGUUUAAGUUCAGGUUAGUAAACAAAUUUAUCAGGAGAUACUGCUAAACUCUCAAAUAUUAUAAAUAUUAUAAUUAUAUAUGUCAGUUUACACCUUUCCUUUGAUCAAAAAAGGAGUUUCAUGUCAAAACAAUAUGUUCUUAAUGUUAAAACAUGGUAAAUUUUAAGUGUAAAAAAUACAAUUUAUGUUAUAAAGUUUUAGUUUUUCUUCUAGCAAUGGAAGUUUUUACAUUAUAACACAAUUAGUUACGUGUUAUAACAAUAAAUACUCAAUCACAGCAGAUUUAGAGGUGUUAAAGUUCAGGUUAGUAAACAAAUUUAGCAGGAGAUACCGCUAAACUCUCAAAUGUUAUAAAAAUAUGAAAUAAAAAGUAAAUCAGAGGAAAUUAAAGAGGUUAUUCAAUGUCUCAAAAAUCCAAAAAGGUAUUUACCUGUUAGUUUAGAAAGAUCGAACAAAACAAAAAGCACUAAGUGGUUUUCCUUUCUGCUAUUAGACUCUUGAUUCAUCAAAUAACCAAACAUCACAGGCAGAGGAGGAAUUUCUAAGACCUUCAUCCGCAUCGAAUCACGGCAAAUGUGAAUUUUCACAGGCAGGAGCACCUGACAACUGGCAGUGUUGUUUUUUCAGAGGAAGCCUCAUUCUCCAUUCUUACAGUGACUCGCUAAAAUCCAGAGCACACGUGGAGUCAGAAUAAGCAGCGUGGAGUUGCAGAAACUUUCAGGAUUAGAGUGUGUAAAUGUAUUCUUAUUAAAUAUAAAAUGAGGUGUUGUUCGAGGAUGAAAGAAAGUUUGAAAAAUGUAUUAUAUGUACAUUUUGAUGAAUUAUUCAGGCUCUUUUUGUGAAUAAAUGAUGGUGCCAUAUUUAACUGCAUGCAUUAGUAGAUUUUUGGUUCUUAUCAGCCGAGGGGAAAGUAGUGUGUUUUUUUUUUUCUUUUUUUUCUUUUUCAGCAGUUCAUGUUUUUCUGUUGAUUUAUGAGAAAAUUUCAAACAGCAGUAUUUAAAACAUUUAGUCAGGUGUCUGUUUGUUUGUUUGUUUUUUUUCUUCUUGGUUCAACUGGACCUGAUCUUAGCCAUUGGCAAUAUCUCCUUACUCCACUAUUGCCAAGGUGGGACAGAGAACCACAGAGUCUUCCAGAAAAUUAACACACCGCUGGCAGCACUCGCCUCCAGCUGCUUUGGCUGAGGUGUUUCCAGGUGCAGAGUACACAGGAGUUUGGCUCGGAUGUGUACCUGGAUGUUAGUCUCAGUCCCUGUGGCAUUCUGGUUGAGGAGACUGAAAGGCAGGCAGCUUAUCCCUUGUUCUGGCAGGGCGCCUAAGUAAGAUUCUUUUUUCUCAAUUCUCCCCAGACACACCAUCCUGAGAAGCCACUUUUUCCUACCACAGGAAGCCCAAGAGAACACUAUAGGUAGCAGUCUGACAGGCAAACUGAACCCUGGCCUUUUAUAUCCUGCCAGGUUUGAGAAGUUGGACAUCACCCCUAAAAGCGCCCAGAAGAUUAAGCCCGUUCUGGAGCGCUGGAUGGCCGAGGCUGAAGCCCGCCACCGAUCCGGCAUGCAGAACCUGACUGAGUUUAUCGGCAGCGAGCCUUCCAAAAAACGCAAGAGGCGGACCUCUUUCACCCCGCAGGCGCUCGAGAUCCUCAACAGCCACUUUGAGAAGAACACGCACCCCUCCGGACAGGAAAUGACGGAAAUAGCCGAGAAACUGAACUACGACAGGGAGGUGGUGCGGGUCUGGUUCUGCAACAAGAGGCAAGCUUUGAAAAACACGAUAAAGCGUUUGAAACAGCCCGAUCUGGGCCCCGCCGCACCCAUGGACCCUCUCACUGAUUCUCUAGAGGAGCUCCCCAAAUGAACGAGCUCCUCCUCCACGACCAUGACGACAACUACGACAACAACAACAGAAAAAAUAGGCGGAGUGGAAAAAUGGCAGCCAUGAAAAACAACAAAAGGUGGAUGAACUGAACGUACCGAGUCACCUGGAUGGACAGUUUACAAACAAAAACUAUGUGUUGUCAGUGUGAUUUACCACAGCUAUGUAAAUGAACUUGGCGAAACCAAAAACAUGAAAAAAGAGAUUAAUAUGUGAGAAUUAUGUACAAAAAAAAACACAAAAAAAAACAACAAAGGUGUGCUGUUCAAAGAGUUUUAGAUUCUGGCCGUGCAGACCAGACUAUCGCCCAAAUUUUGGUUCCCACGAGGAGGGAUUUAGUAAAGAGAUCAUACCAAAUCAAAACACUAUUUACCAAAGUCUGUUGCAUCUGAGUACUAAGAAUAAUUUUGUAAUGUAAAUGUGCUCUAAAUUUUUACAUUUGUACUGGCAGAUCUAAGCUAUAUGUGUGAGGUUGAGUAUACAUUUUGUCCGGCUUACUUUUUUCUUCAUUGUUUGUAUGUAAAUAUCUUUCAAAGAAAAAAAAAGAAAAACGCUGUUCUUCUGAUUAAAAUCUCACUGAUGAAGUUCUUCUUUUUUUUUUUUGUUUUUGGACAAAAAAAAAAAAAUUACCUUUACUGUUGAACAAUUGCAUUAUAAUGAUGUUUGCCUCUGAUUUGUGUUUCAUCUGCAAAUAUUUUCAGUCACGGUGUAACUUUGUACAACUUUUACAGGUAUUUAUUAAUGAUCUCAUGAGAUUGUUUCAGAGGACGUGAGCGAGGAGUGAACUAAGGACUUUCACAUGAUGAUGAUGAUGAUGAUGAGGAUGAUGAUGAGGAUGAGGGGUUUCUGUCGAGUCGACUGCAGCUUUGUUUUGAGCUACUGUGUCAUUCUGUUGCCAAAGCCUGAUAGCCAAAGAACACAUCAAUUUCAGCUCAAGGACUGGUGGAGAUUUUACCUUUUGAUUCUCUCUUAUUUAUUUCUUCUUCACACAGAUUUUUCCCUCCUUUUCUUAAAUAUUUCACUCUGUGGGUCAAGUUUAACUAAAAAAAAAAAUCUCAUGUCAAACAGCUGAAAUAAUGUUUGUUGUAAUUUUUAUCACUGCGAUUUCUAAAUCUUCGAGGAAUCUUGUUUUUUCUGCCUCUGCAUGCUUCAAGUGAAACCACACGGAGGAGGAUUAUUUACAACUUUGGCACCAAAAAGCCCUAAAUCUACAUAAGAACCCUGAAUUUUGAUUAUAACACGUGUUUUACAUGAUAAACCCUUUAAAAAUGAUAUCUACAUGUGGGUAAAACCUGUUUGUUACUGCUGACCAAACAACCACUGAACUUACGUAUUUUGUAUUUAGCAUUCCUCCAAACUUAUCGACGUUUACAGAUGUUACAAUCAACCAUUUCUUUUGCCAUUUAUGAUUUUAUAUCUCCCGCAGUAAAACGUUCAAAAAAUUUUCUUGAAGACUCCAAAAAUCACAGACUUUUCAAAAACUGAAGACGCUUCUUGGAUAAGAGGCGAAACGUCUUCUCAACUCUACACGGUCCAGUUGCCUGUUUUUGGAGUCUUCAAGAAGACCAUGACCUGGAUGAAUGAGAAUCUCCAUGGACAUUAUCUGUAUUGUUUUUCAUUCGUUAUGUGAGAAGAAGCUAAUCGAAUCCCCCAUUUAUGCUCAUGAAUCGAUUCUCCAUCACUCUGCACUUAACUGUUCACUCUUUUUAUUUCAUGUGGUUUUACUUUGUGAUAUUUAUGUCAAUAAUUUCAUACAAGAUCCCCCCCCUCCUUCCUUACUUCCCCUCCCUUCAGACGUACCGUCACUACAAAUAUCUGGCUUUCACAAAAUCCCUCACAGGAAAAGAAUAAAAAUAGAAAAAGAGGUGAAUGUUGAGAAUAAGUGUCACAUGUCAGAACGAGUGAACUUAAUUUGAAGUGAGGUGAAAUUUGAUGCAAUUUAUUCAGAAUCAUGUGUCUGCUCGAUAUCUGUCCUUCCAUGUCACUUUGGUUAUCUCAGUCUUUCAGUCCCCGGUGCACUGCUGUGUUUUUCCCCACUGUCUGUUACACACACACACAUACACACACACACAUUCAGUUAAUGUCAGAAAACACAUGAAGAAGCUUUACAUGUCUGCAUUUUCAAGGAGAGUGAGAUUCGCAGAGAAGGCGGCUAUACUUUCUUUACUUUGAGACGCAGAGAACUUUGAUUUUAUUCUGUUUUAUUUUAAAAUGAUUUAUCGUAUGUUUUAGAUAUUUUAAUUCAGGCAAAUCUUUGGCCAAGAAACGACAACGUCUGCAUCCACCCGCCAGACAUAUAUACGAGAAAGCAGCAAAGCAGCCGGCGGCUCCUGCAGGUAGAAUAGGGAUCUGUUCUGAGGCUUGUCAAUAAAGCUGUAAAACCAAAAACGAAAAAAAAAAAAAAAACGAAGACACAGAAAAGGAGUCAAUGCCUUCGCUCAACUUCUCAAUGCUGGACCAAAGCUCUAUAGUUAUGCACAUUGUACAGAGAAAUAGAUUCAUGAUGUUGACAAUCUUAAAAAUCUGAGAUAAAAAGAAUUGAAGAGUAGAAAUGUAAAGUAGUUCAUCCAAGGUUUACCUCAGUACUGUUCUCGUGAGAAUCAUACCAACGCCAUACAAGCAGCAGCAGCAGGUCAGGAGAAAAGACAGACGAUUACUCUGCACUGUGUGUGUUGAUGUUCACCUUCAACAUGGAGGAAAGAGGCUUGUGUUUUAUUUAUUCUUAUGUGACACAUGAUUGUUUGAUUUAAUGUGAUGUGCUCCUUUAUUCCUGAGCCACAUGUGACUCUCUGGUCAUCCGUUUUUUUUGUUUCUUUUAUUCUAUUCUAGCUGCAUUAUUUCUCAUCCAUUGUGACGUUCACUUUUCAGUUUCCACAGACCCGCGUAGAGGAAAAAGGACAUUUACAGUAGUGUUUGCUCUUAACCUUAAACCAAUUAGGAUGAUUUGUCGAUCACCUUUAAAUGAUUUUGUGAAAUUUUACUUCCGCAAACAACGUGGUUUGACGUUUUGUUUGUAGUUGAAGAAACUCGAAACCAAAGCUGAAGAGCCCACAGAGGUUUGGUUUUCAUUUUUUUAUAGACUGGAAACUGUACUUAAUCUAUAGAGCAAUAUCUGUUUGGUCAGUUAAGCAGCACUUUGUGUAUUUCCAAAAAAAAAAAAAAAAAAAGCUUCAAGUAGGCUAUGUCACAUUGAUUUGUACCAUAAUUAGUAAUAAACAAUUGUUUGACAUGAAGUUUGUGCUCUGAGUUGUGUGGAAGUUCUUUCCUGUGAUUGACGUUUUGAAGCUAAAUCAAACAGCUCCACGGUAAAGAGGUCUUCUUCUUUGUGUUUGGAUAAAUUAGAUUAUUUUGAGUUAAAGUCUCAGCUGUGUUGAACUCAGCAGAGUGAAGGUCACCGCGGAGUUUAUUCUCUGUAGGAAUAAAUAAAAUUUGUUGUGGCUGAACUUUAAA